AGGUGUGAGGCGCGCUCCGAGAGGAGACGAUGAGGCCCGCCUGUCUGCCGCUCGUUCUACUUUUCCUACUGGAGAGGGAAACUCACGCACUCUUCCCCGAAGAACCUGCUCCCAUCAGUGUGGCCCUUGACGACUGUAAGUGAGGCUGGGACAGGAUGUGGCCGGAGGAGGAUGGAGCUGGGCCGGCGAUUCUUCAAAAGGGGGGGGCUGGCCUAAUUCCCUCUGCCACCCCCCUCAAAAUUAUUUUUCAUUCUCACCAAGGGUUGGGGAAUCUAUGGGGCCAUCAAAGAAGUCAUGGAAGUCCAGCUCCCAUCCCAUAAUGGUCAGCAGUCGAAGCCAAAGGGACUUUCUUGCUCCCCAGACACUGUGUGCAGUUUUAUUUCUCACCUAAACACCUUCCAUCUGGCCAGGCCUCCCCAGUCACUCUGGGCAGCGCCCAACAGAAUAUUAAAAACACGAUAAAAGAUCAAACAUUAAAAACUUCCCUAAACAAGGCUGCCUUCAGAUGUCUUCUAAAAGUCAGAUAGUUGUUUAUUUCCUUGACAUCUGAUGGGAGGGCGUUCCACAGGGUGGGCGCCACUACCAAGAAGGCCCUUUGCCUGGUUCCCUGUAACCUCACUUCUCGCAGGGAGGGAACCGCCAGAAGGCCCUCGGAGCUGGACCUCAGGGUCCGGGCUGGACGAUGGGGGUGGAGACGCUCUUUCAGGUAUCCUGGGCCAAGGCCAAUUAGGGCUUUAAAGCUCAGCACCAGUGCUUUGACUUGUGCUCAGAAACGUACUGGGAGCCAAUGUAGGUCUUUCAGGACCAGUGUUAUAUGGUCUCGGCGGCAGCUCCCAGUCACCAGUCUAGCUGCCGCCUUCUGGAUUAAUUGUAGUUUCCAAGCCGCCUUCAAAGGAUAGCCCCACGUAGAGCGUAUUGCAGUAGUCCAAGCGGGAGAUAACCAGAGCGUAUACCACUCUGGCAAGGCAGUCUAGUGUUAUGAGAGAGGGAGAAAUUAUUUUUCUCUUUCCACUUUCUACAUGCCCGGCAUAAUUUUGUAAACUUACUCACCUUUUCACUGAACGAAAACUCCCAAUUUUUGCACCUUUUCUCCCUGGAGGAGUUGCUCCAACCCUGUGAUAAUUACGCUGGCCCUUUUCUGAACGCUUUUCUUUUUUUUUCUUUUUUUAAAAUAAUUUUUAUUAACCGGCCAAUCAAAUCAAAUUAAAUCACAUCACAUAAAUUCCGAAUUACAUAGCCGAAUUUUAAUUUUUGUUGUUGUUGAGGGGACCCAUAUUUCAAGAUCCGAAGGGGGAUUCUGAUCAUCUUCUUGCUACUGCUUUAAUGUCCAAAUCAGUCCAAAUCAGUCCAAACAGAGUUCAUAAUUCUAUCCAGUCUUAUCUUGCUGUUUCCACAUCACAUCUUGUUCAUAUAUUUUCUCUUUUUUCUUUAUGAUCUCUUCUGAUAGUCUCCUUAAGCCGAUAAACACCAGUAAUAAUCCUGUGUGAAUUUUUCCGUUCUUCCAAUCCUCAAAUCGAGAUGGUUUCCAUAUAUCCUCGCAUUCGUAGAUAACAUCGCUCUUUCCAUCAUUAAUCACAGAACUGUCAUUCUUAAGUCCCUCUGAGGAGUUUCACCCACAAUAUAAAAACAGCUCUAUUUCUCUAUUUCUCCUCCCAGACUUAAGUCCUCCGACAGAACUUCCCAAUAUGGCGACGGCAUUUUUAACUGCGUCAUUCCAAAGCCCUUAUACAUUCCACGCUCUUCUUAAAACAUGCUUUGGUUCGAAAGUUUAUCUCCACACAGCCUUAAAUCCACAGCUUAAGUCCUUAAAACGACAUUUCUGACUUGUGAGGGGAGGGGAUUCUUGUGUAAUCACAUAAGGAAAGAAAGGAAAGUUUUUUUCCCCCUCCCCCAUCAGUCAUCAGUCCCUUUACCAUACCGAGUCUUGGCGUAUCUUCUCAUAAUCUAUACUUGUUCCUCCGACUCGUCUUGUUUUAUCAGAGAUCUCUUCUGUUAGCAGUCUUUACUCCCCCUCCUUCCUUGAAAUAUGUGCAUUCGCUUCAUCCAAAUUGUUUCUUUUGAAGUUCUUGCAGCUAGUGGCGUGGAUCAGAGACGGCGUCCAGGAGCGCCGAAAUCCCACAGGAGGGCUUUAUGCCUAGUGCCCCCAUCCCCACAAAUUCGGGGGUGGUAUAGGGCACAGCAGGCAAGGGCAGUCCCCCCACCAUCCUGGGGGGGGGGGGUAGGGAGGCUAAUUACUCCCAUCAUAGCCUCCAAAUUACCUCGUGUGGGUCGGAGAGAUGUUAUUGUCAGCCAUCUUCUGAUGCGCCCCCUAGUGGCCCCUUUUCUGAACGCUUUUCAAUCUUCGAUGUCCUUUUUUGGGGUCAGGAGGCCAGAACUGCACACAGCACUCCACAUGCGGUCCGUCUGUCGUGUGCUUGAGCUGACAUUCCUUGCAUUCUAGGGGGUUGGACUAGAUGAGUCUGAGGUGUCCCUUGCAACUCUAAGGUGCCAUCCCAUUCUAUUCAAUUUGCAUCAUGGAUGAGAGAUGGGACCUCCUUUGUGUCAGUGAAGGUGCCUGUUCUGAAAGGCACUUUUUAAAAUUAUUCCGACAGCUUUUGUUUUUAUGAGGUAGACAGUGGGUUUCAUUCAAUGUGAGUCCUUCUCAGAGGUCUGUUAAUUCCAAUGGGUCUAUUCCAGCCGUAGGCAAACUCGGCCCUCCGGCUGUUUCGGGACUACAACUCCCAUCAUCCCUAGCUAACAGGACCAGUGGUCAGGGAUGAUGGGAGUUGUACUCCCAAAACAUCUGGAGGGCCGAGUUUGCCUAUGCCUGGUCUCUCCUGGUCUGCCGCGCAGAGGACCUUAAGGUCCAUGAAUAACCAUAGUUUAGAGGUCCUGGGCCCUAAGGAAAUCAGACUAUCCUCCACCAGGGCCAGGGCCUUCUCAGUGAUGGCUCCGACCUGGUGGAAUGCUCUGUCCCAGGAGACUAAGGCCCUUCAGGAUUUAACCUCUUUCCGUCGGGCCUGUAAGACAGAGCUAUUCCGCCUGGCCUUUAAUUUGAAUUCAGCCUGAUCUUUUAUUUCCCUUCUCUUCCUUCCCCCUCCCCUUUUAUGAAGAUCACCCGCUCUGAGACCCCACAGCUACUUCUCCCCUGGCCUCCUCGCUGGCCCAAGUAGGACCAAUUCAGCCAGCUAGCCCUGGGGAUUAUCUAAUUGAUUUUUGAAUUUUGAAUUUUAUUGUUAUUCAUGUUUUUAUGCUGCUUUUAUAAUUAAGUGCUUUCAAUUUGUUGUUAGCCGCCCUGAGCCCAGUUUUUGAACCAGGAAGGGUGGGGUAUAAAUAAAAAUUUGUUGUUGUUAUUAUUAUUAUUAUUUAUCUACUGACCCUGGUCUCUAGUAUCUGUACACAUUACUAGGAGGUAUCUGCACCAUACAUUUAAAGGACAUGACUUCCUCCAAGGAAUCCUGGGAACUGUCGCAUGUUAAGGUUGGCGACCACUACAGCUCUGUGAGGGUGCACGCUACAGCUCCCAGAAUCCUUUGAGGGAAGCCACAUGCACUGAAUGUGCUUUGGCUGCAUGGUGUGGCUGUGGACCCGGUUUCCACUGGAAGAGUGAUCUUUAAAUGCGCUAACACAUAAACGUAAAUAAACUUCUCCAACUUCCCCUUGACCUUCUCUCGCUUUCCCCCAGAUGUGAAGCAUUACCCGGUCUUCGUGGGCAACGGGAUGGGCCGGUUUUCCAGCCAAGAUGGCGGCGCAGAGCGCCUCAGGAUCCAACGAAUGUUGACGUUCAACAGGACUUUGUACAUAGGAGACAGGUAACCCCAUACAACCCAGCCAUAUUGGCAUGUUAAGAUGUUCCUGGCGUCCCUAUAGCACUCCGAAGCUCAGUGCAUGAUUUAGAAAUGGGGACCGUGGUUAUUCGGUGAAGGCAAGAGGGACUUAUUCCCUUCUAAAAACUGAGAGCUGCAAUAUGAAUUACCUAUGGUGGACGCGGGUGGCGCUGGGGGUUAAACCACAGAGCCUAGGACUUGCUGAUCAGAAGUUUGGUGGUUCGAAUCCCCGUGACGGGGUGAGCUCCCGUUGCUCGGUCCCUGCUCCUGCCCACCUAGCAGUUCGAAAGCACAUCAAAGUGCAAGUAGAUAAAUAGGUACCUCUCCGGCGGGAAGGUAAACGGUGUUUCCAUGUGUUGCUCUGGUUCGCCAGAAGCGGCUUAGUCAUGCCGGCCACAUGACCCGGAAGCUGUACGCCGGGCUCCCUUGGCUAAUAAAGCGAGAUGAGCGCUGCAACCCCAGAGUCGUUGCACCUUUACCUUAUGGUGGAAUAAUACCUUCCUAGCAUCCCAAUUUUCCAGGGACAGUCCCGGAAUUACGAAAGCCAUCCCAGCUUCCUGUCUGAUCCCAGAAUGUCCCUAUUUGCUGGCCCGUCCAUGAGAAGGGAAAGGCACUCUGCGCAUGUUCAAAUGCACUCUCUCCUCAGUGACCCCGCAAUGUGAGGCUCCUGUGCCUUUAAGAGUAGCAUCGAAUAUUUGUUGGAGGAGCCAAAGGGGGGUGGAAGCGGAGACAUAAUACAAAGGGGGUGCAGAGUUGCCUAGCUUGCGGACUGCUGCAUCUCCAUAGCAACCUGAAAUCCACAGGAAGAGCACAGCAGAAAAAGCAGGAUAAAUUAAGAAUGGCGAGGCCGGGUUAAGGCACUCUGCCUGGUAGAUUUCCGCGUGCUCCGCAAACUGCUGCCUUGCCUAAUUUCAGAGUUGUGCGGCCUUCCCAGAAUGAGGUCUAGAGCCUUGUCGCGAGGUAUAUAGCGAAGUCGCGGUUUCUGCCCUGCCCUGCCCUGUGCUCACCGCAAACUGCGCUGUUUCCGUAGCACUGCGUUCCGGCUUCUGCUGAAACCUUUGCUAUAUUCACCUUGCGACGCUCACAGUGGCCAAAACUAAAGCAAUGAAUAGGGCUGUGCAUCAGAUUCGGGCAAAGCCUGUUCAGAGCGACUCAGGAGUCAGAUGUGUCAGGUUCAGACAGCAGUAGAUUGCCCAAAGAUGCAAAAUCUCAAAGAAGAAGAAGAAGAAGAAGAAGAAGAAGAAGAAGAAGAAGAGCAGCUAUUUUUAAUAAAAUUCAUCAAAAUCUACAUUAACGACAUGGGCUGAAUACCAGCUGAAUACCAGCUAAGUCAGGUAGUUGUUUAUUUUGUUGACAUCUGACAGGAGGGCGUUCCACAGGGCGGGCGCCACCACCGAGAAAGCCCUUUGCCUGGUUCCCUGUAACCUCGCUUUUCGCACAGAGGGAACCGCCAGAAGGCCCUCAGAGCUGGACCUCAGUGUCCGGGCUGAAAGAUAGGGAUGGAGAUGCUCCUUCAGGUAUACUGGGCCGAGGCCAUUUAGGGCUUUAAAGGUCAACACCAACACUUUGACUUGUGCUCAGAAACGUACUGGGAGCCAAUGUAGGUCUUUCAAGACCGGUGCUAUAUGGUCUCGGCGGCCGCUCCCAGUCACUAGUCUAGCUGCCGCAUUCUGGAUUAGUUGUAGUUUCCAUUGGGUGGGCUGGCUCUUGAAUGGUCAUCAUGCAUAGCCGUUUUAGAUGCUCUGGGGUGGUAUCCGCACCCCCACCCCAAUAAAGCGCUAAAUCAUCUCCAGACAUGUGCAUGGAUUUCUCCUCAGUGCGCUGCCUUCUUCCCUCCUUCCGCACCUCACCCCGGAGCCUUGCACAUCAUAAAUCCCGUUCUGGGUAUAUAAUUUUUAUCUAUAUGCGUUUUUAAUGGGACUUUUAAAGUCUGGGCUGCGCAGAUGGGGUUGGUGGGGUAAUGAAGCGCGACGCUGCCGUUUGUAAACAGAGCGCCUGGAUGCGCCGCUGAGGCCAGGAGACCUGUCACUCACAAGUGGUGGCGAUGCGCCUUUCGGGUUGCGCGCGGGAAACCGCGGGGCCCUGGUACGUAGUUGGUUCUGGCAUCCAAACUUGCUUACCCUUCAGAGCGGUGGCACAGGGUGUCUUAGGUGAAUGCUAGGGCGCACCGUCACUCAUGGAAGUUGUGGUCUAGGUAGAAGUUCAAUUUGGCUCACGUUUAAAGGAGAAAACACCAGAUUUGCAUUUUCUGAAGCAAUGCGGGCAUUUAUCUGCAUGUUGCAAUGCAAUUCUCCCCACCAAGUGCAGUGGUACCUGAGGUUAUAUACGGUUCAGGUUACAGACGUGUCAGGUUGCAGACUCCACUAACCCAUAAAUAGUACCUUGGGUUAAGAACUUUGCUUCAGGAUGAGAACAGAAAUCGCGCUCCGGCAGCGCGGCGGCAGCAGGAGACCCCAUUAGCUAAAGUGGUGCUUCAGGUUAAGAACAGUUUCAGGUUAAGUACGGACCUCCCGAACGAAUUAAGUACUUAACCCGAGGUACCACUGUAAUGGGGGACGUAGGUGGUGCUGUGGUCUAAACAACAGAGCCUAGGGCUUGCCGAUCAGAAGGUCGGCGUUUCGAAUCCCCGCAAUGGGGUGAGCUUCCGUUGCUCGGUCCCUGCUCCUGCCAACCUAGCAGUUCAAAAGCACGUCAAAGUGCAAGUAGAUAAAUAGGUACCGCUCUGGCAGGAAGGUAAACGGCAUUUCCGUGCGCUGCUCUGGUUCGCCAGAAGCGGCUUAGUCAUGCUGGCCACAUGACCCGGAAGCUGUACGCCGGCUCCCUCGGCCAAUAAAGCGAGAUGAGCGCCGCCACCCCAGAGCCGGCCACGACUGGACCUAAUGGUCAGGGGUCCCUUUACCUUUACCUUGCCACUGUAAUACGUUCCAAAAUGCAGGUAUUUUUUAAAAAAAAACCAUUUAGGUCCCAAGGCACCGCAUGUUUAAGUGAAGUCACGUAUAUUUGAAGCACCAUGGAAAAACCCUGCAAACAUCCCCUUGUAACCUUUCCACAAGGGCCGACAUUGAUGCCGAAAUCCAACAUCGCCUGAGCUCUGCGAGUGCAGCUUUCUCCCAAUUGAAAUGCAGAGUGUUUGAGGACCCGGGACAUUUGCAGGGUAACCAAAAUGCUUGUUUACAUAGCUAUUGUGCUACCAAGCUUACUUUAUGCUUGUGAAACGUGGACCACUUAUAAACGCCAUCUCCAACUCCUCGAAAGAUUCCAUCAACGGUGUCUCCAAAAAUUUUUACACAUCACUUGGGAAGACAGGCAAACUAAUGCCAGUGUACUGGAAGAAGCAAAGAUCACCAGUGUCGAAGCAAUGAUUCUUCAACAUCAACUUCGUUGGACUGGUCAUGUUGUUUGGAUGCCUGAUUGUCGUCUUUCAAAGCAACUCCUCUAUUCCAAACUUUAAAAUGGGAAGCGUAAUGCUGGUGGUCAACAAAAGAGGUUUAAAGACUGUCUCAAGGCAAAUCUUUAAAAAUGUAGAAUAAACACCAACAAUUGGGAAACACUGGCCUGGAGCGCUCCAAUUGGAGAACAGCCUUUGCCAAAGGUGUCAUGGGCUUUGAAGACACUCGAACUCAGGACCAAAGGGAGGAACGUGCUAAGAGGAAGGCACGCUUGGCAAACCCUCACCGGGAUCAACUCCCGCCCGGAAACUUAUGUCCCCACUGUGGAAGGACGUGAGGAUCCAGAAUUGGCCUCCACAGUCACUUACGGACUCACUGUUAAAACCGUGUUUAUGGAAGACAAUCUUACUCGGCUACGAGGGAUCGCCAAAGAAGAAUAAGAUAUUUGAAACACCAUGGGAAAAUCCUGCAAACAUCCCCUUGUGUUCCCCCCAUACUGCCUCUGCCCUGCCCCUUUUUGGGAUGUUGUUGUGAUGUUUUUGGGAUACUUCUGGGUUCGGCUCGAUGCACACACAUAUCGGACGCACCUAAAACCAUCACUGUCCUCUAUAAUAAUAAUAAUAAUAAUUUAUUAUUUAUACCCCACCCAUCUGGCUGGGUUUCCCCAGCCACUCUGGGCGGCUUCCAACAAAACACUAAACUACAAUAACCUAUUAAACAUUAAAAGCUUCCCUAAACAGGGUUGCUUUUAGAUGUCUUCUAAAAGUUUGGUAGUUAUUUUUCUCUUUGACAUCUGGUGGGAGGGCGUUGCACAGGGUGGGUGCCACCACAGAGAAGGCCCUCUGCCUGGUUCCCUGUAACUUGGCUUCUCGCAGCGAGGGAACCGCCAGAAGGCCCUCGGUGCUGGACCUCAGUGUCCGGGGAGAACGAUGGAGGUGGAGACACUCCUUCAGGUAUACUGGACCGAGGCCGUUUAGGGCUUUAAAGGUCAGCACCAACACUCGGAAUUGUGCUGGGAAAUGUACUGGGAGCCAAUGUAAGUCUUUCAGGACCAGUGUUAUAUGGUCCCAGCGGCCGCUCCCAGUCACCAGUCUGGCAGCUGCAUUCUGGAUUAGUUGUAGUUUCCGGGUCACCUUCAAAGGUAGCCCCACAUAGAGCGCAUUGCAGUAGUCCAAGCGGGAGAUAACCAGAGCAUGCACCACUCUGGCGAGACAGUCUUCAGGCAGGGAGGGUCUCAUCCUGCGUACCAGAUGGAGCUGAUAGACAGCUGCCCUGGACACAGAAUUGACCUGUGCCUCCAUGGACAGCUGUGAGUCCAGAAUGACUCCCAGGCUGCACACCUGGUCCUUCAGGGGCACAGUUGCCCCAUUCAGGACCAGGGAGUCCUCCACACCUGCCUGCCUCCUGUCCCGCAGAAACAGUACUUCUGUCUUGUCAGGAUUCAACCUCAAUCUGUUAGCCGCCAUCUAUCCUCCAACUGCCUCUAUGCAUUAGUGAAAAUAAUGGACAGUGGUGCGUUGUCUUAAAGAGCAUCGCUUUGCAAAUCAUGCGUACAUUAGGCAAAGCUGCGUAUGAAAAUGUCAUUAUCGGGAGAAAUUUGCAGUGAUGUGCCAGUGAGAUUUUUAAAAACUCGCAAAUGGAUGCGGAAGUGUGAUGGAGACUUGAACAAUGCAAAACUGAGAGAAACCAAAGUUGACAGGUCUUUCCACCCCCGCUCUCCCCACCCCCCCGCCAACUCAUACGCCCAGCCUCCCUGGAAUCCUCAAUGUUAAUUCGCUGACACUGCAGAGCUUUUUGUAGAGUAUUGCAUUGUGGAGAAAUGAAAAUGAGGGACGAGGAAUGCCAUGCUGAUCUGGCUGGUGCUGCCAGUCUAAGCCUAGCACAGCAUGCCAGGGGGCACUGGGGGCAACUUUGCUAGCACCGCCUCGCACCCAGAGCCGGCUUUACAAGCAUUCGAACCCAGAACCUGUUACCCAAGCUUGGCUCUGGAUAUGUGGAAUUUCCAAACGGAUACCUUUUCCAGAAGAAGUGUCUUCUUUGGGGAGGUGCGGUUCUGGGAGGGAGAAACUGGAUUUUGGGUGCCUUUUGAUCUGACGAUGGGAGACUUGGCUCUCCUCCGAAAAUCUGCAAAGUCGAAGCAGCAGGUUACAUUUUGAAGCAGAGAAGCAGUUUGGGGAGGUGAUUAACCCUCCCCGCUGAGUUUCUAAUGCAGUUGGACUCACCAGAGUUUGGGAGAGUGAAAAGUGGUAUUCUCAGAUAGCAUUUGGCACCCCCUCCUGUCUGAUUGUUGCAAAGACAGGGGGUUAAAAAGCGAAUACAGUGGUACCUUGGUUCUCAGACUUAAUCCGUUCCAGAAGUCCGUUCCAAAACCAAAGGGUUCCAAAACCAAGGCGUGCUUUCCCACAGAAAGUAAAGCAAAACGGCUUAAUCCGUUCCAGACUUUUAAAAACAACCCCUAAAACAGCAAUUUAACAUGAAUUUUAUGAGACCAUUAAUCCAUAAAAUGAAAGCAACAAUCAAUGCGGAUUGCUCUUUUGUUAAAUCAAGAAAUGCUUGGGGUAUAUCUUGGGAACUCUGGUUUGCAUUCCUAUUUUUGGCUGACGAACGGUGCAAUUUAAAUUUGGCCCGCCCUGGUCUUCUAAAAGAUGGGAGAGGAAGCAGAAUAUCUCAGACUUCAUUUUUUAUUUUUUCCUCCCUUUCUUUUCUUCUCAGGGACAACUUGUACCGCAUCAGCCUUGAACCCGAGGCCUCGGCCAGUGAAAUGCGCUACCAUCAGGUACGUGAUAAAUCUCAAAAGUGAAGGGUCUUUGUAGCCCUUGUCAGUGAAAUUAAUUUGCAUGAUUAACUUAGGCCCAUUCGCAGGGCAGCAGCUGAAGAAGGAGCAAAAAGGGUUUUCUUGUGUGUGUGUUUCUUUGUGGCUGAUUAGCUGCUCUCCCUGUGCAAAGGUCAGAGGGGGCAGGGUUUCUGUUGAGGCAGGUGGUUAGCUGUGGGAGGAGCUUAUCAGAGCUUGCGCGCCUAGCGGCGCGCACAGUUUGAUCCAUCUUUUAGAUUUAGGGGAGCUAGUCUCAAACGUUUGUUGGGGGAGACCUAGGUUUUUUGGGGGGGAGUUAUUUGUCCUGUCUUCACGCUUUUUAUGAUGGAGGACCGCUGUAGCCACCCCCAACGACACGUUCUCAAGAUGGAGGGGAGGGAACAGCUGCAGUCGCCUGCGGUUCCUGCGCAAUGUUUGCCAUCUUGCCAAAGGUUGCAGGCAGCUUUACCUGCAGCAAUUGCAUGUUGAUUGCCCUCUUAGAAGACAAAGUCCAGCAACUGGAGGAACGUGUAGCUACGCUCCAAAGAAUUAGAGAGCUGGAGCUCUUCUUGGAAGCAACAGAGCACACCGUCUCCACCAAGGAGGAGACAGGGGACUCCCUGAGAAGGAGGCUAGUUCACCAACACAGGAGCCAGAUAUAUGGAGAAACGUGACUCAAAGAAGUAGGAGGCCCAGGGUUCGCUCUGAUUGUUUGGAAAUACACAAUCACUUUGAGGUCCUCUCCCCUAGCAUGGAAGACGAAGAGCAGACUCCAUUUGAGGAUCUCUCCCUCAUUACAGUCGAUCAGGUAUAUGAAGACGAGCAGCAAAGUCAGUCCUCAGGGAAUGUGCAGGCGACCUCGGAACGGACAGCUCACGGAAGAACUCGACCAAACCUAAGAGGAGGCGUGUAGUGGUGAUAGGGGAUUCCCUACUGAGGGGAACAGAAGCAGUGAUCUGUGGGCCUGACAAGAUGUCUCGGGAAGUGUGCUGUCUCCCCGGGGCUAAGAUCCAAGAUGUAACUGAACAACUGCAAGGAAUCAUAAAACCCACUGACAAAUACCCCUUCCUCUUGGUUCAUGUGGGAACCAAUGACACUGCAAGCAAUAGCCUCCAGAAGAUCAAAAGAGACUACGAGGCUCUGGGCAGGAAACUGAAGCAAUUAAAUGCACAAAUUGUCAUCUCAUUUGUCCUCCCAGUUGAACGACGUGGCCCAGGGAGAGAGGGAAAAAUAGUGGAAGUGAACAGCUGGCUUCGCAAAUGGUGUAAACAGGAACGGUUUGGAUUCUUAGAUCACGGACUGCAGUUUCUUGAAGUUGGACUUCUGGCAAGCGAUGGGCUGCACCUCACAACGGUUGGGAGGAAUGUUUUUGCCAAAAAUCUCAGAAACCUCAUCAGGAGGGCUUUAAACUGACUAAUGUGGGGAAGGGAGACAGUGCUCCUGAAGGUAGGAGUCUAUCAAUUGAUGAAGAUGAUCAUCCAAAUGUCAUAGACCAAAUGGAGCAAACAGCACACAGACCUAGUGGUGGGAGGAAAAAAUCCUUAAAUAAGAGACAUGGGGAAUGAUUAAUGGACUUCAAUGUCUGUACACUAAUGCGCAAAGCAUGGGAAAUAAACAAGAUGAGCUUGAGCUCUUGGUACAGCAAACUAAAUAUGACAUAAUAGGCAUCACUGAAACCUGGUGGGAUAAGUCCCAUGAUUGGAAUGUAAUAAUGGAGGGAUACAAUCUAUUUCAGAGAAACAGACCAGACAAGAAAGGAGGAGGAGUGGCGUUAUAUGUCAGGGAUGUGUAUAACUGUGAAGAGAUCCAAGAUUUAGAACCUCAAAGCCAAAGUGAGAGCAUUUGGGUCAAAAUUAAGGGAGAGAAGAAUAACAGUGACCUCAUUGUGGGAGUUUACUAUAGAUCCCCAAGCCAAACGGAGGACAUAGAUGAUGCCUUCCUGGAACAGAUGGCCAAGCAUGCAAAAGGAAGGGAGAUAGUAGUAAUGGGGGACUUCAAUUACCCAGAUAUUUGUUGGAUGUCAAACUCAGCCAAGAGCAUAAGGUCAAACAGAUUCCUCACUGGCCUUGCAGACAACUUCAUUGUCCAGAAAGUGGGAGAAGCAACAAGAGGAACAGCCAUUUUAGAUCUGGUCCUAACCAAUGUUGAUGACCUGGUUAGUGGGGUAGAAGUGGAAGGAUCAUUAGGCGCGAGUGAUCAUGCUCUUCUGAAGUUUACUAUACAGCAGAAAGGAGCAGCCAAGCAUACUAGGACUCAAUUUCUUGACUUUAAGAAAGCCGACUUCAUAAAACUUAGGGAAGUGCUGGGUGAGAUCCCAUGGACAGUAAUACUAAAAGGAAAGGGAGUUCAUGAUGGCUGGGAGUUUAAGAGGGAGAUAGUAAAAGCACAACUUCAGGCAAUACCAAUGAGACGGAAACAUGGAAGGUGCCUAAAGAAGCCAGGGUGGCUAUCUAAAGAACUUUUAACUGAGUUAAGAUUUAAAAGGAUGUGUACAAAAAAUGGAAAAGGGGGGAAACCACCAAAGAGGAAUUCAAACAAAUAGCCAGCACGUGUAGACACAAAGUCAGAAAAGCUAAAGCACAGAAUGAACUCAGGCUUGCUAGAGAGGUUAAAAGCAACAAAAAAGGCUUUUAUGGGUAUGUUCGUAGCAAAAGGAAGAACAAAGAAACAGUGGGGUCACUCAGAGGAGAAGAUGGUGAAAUGCAAACAGGGGACACAGAAAGGGCUGAACUCUUCAAUGCCUUCUUUGCCUCAGUCUUCUCCGAUAAAGAAAACAAUGCCCGACCUGAAGAAUUUGGAGCAAAUGAUUCAGCAGACGAAACACAGCCCAGAAUAACUAAGGAGAUAGUACAAGAAUACUUGGCUAGUUUAGAUGUAUUCAAGUCUCCAGGGCCAGAUGAACUGCAUCCAAGAGUAUUAAAAGAACUGGCAGAUGUGAUCUCAGAACCACUGGCAGUCAUCUUUGAGAAUUCCUGGAGAACAGCUGAAGUCCUGGCAGACUGGAGGAGGGCAAAUGUUGUCCCUAUUUUCAAAAAGGGGGAAAGAGAGGACCCAAAUAAUUACCGCCCAGUCAGUCUGACAUCAAUACCAGGGAAGAUUCUGGAGCAGAUCAUUAAGCAAACAGUCUGUGAGCACCUAGAAAGGAAUGCUGUGAUCACCAAUAGUCAGCAUGGAUUUCUGAAAAAUAAGUCAUGUCAGACUAACCUGAUCUCGUUUUUGACAGAAUUACAAGCCUGGUAGAUGAAGGGAACGCAGUGGAUGUAGCCUACCUUGAUUUCAGCAAGGCAUUUGACAAGGUGCCCCAUGAUAUUCUUGUAAAGAAGCUGGUAAAAUGCGGUCUUGACUAUGCUACCACUCAGUGGAUUUGUAACUGGCUGACUGACCGAACCCAAAGGGUGCUCAUCAAUGGUUCCUCUUCAUCCUGGAGAAGAUGUGACUAGUGGGGUGCCACAGGGUUCUGUCUUGGGCCCGGUCUUAUUCAACAUCUUUAUCAACGACUUGGAUGAUGGACUCAAGGGCGUCCUGAUCAAAUUUGCAGAUGACACUAAACUGGGAGGGUGGCUAACACCCCAGAGGACAGGAUCACACUUCAAAACGACCUUGACAGAUUAGAGAACUGGGCAAAAACAAACAAGAUGAAUUUUAACAGGAGAAAUGUAAAGUAUUGCACUUGGGCAAAAACAUGAGAGGCACAAAUACAAGAUGGGGACACCUGGCUUGAGAGCAGUACAUGUGAAAAGGAUCUAGGAGUCUUGGUUGACCACAAACUUGACAUGAGCCAACAGUGUGACGCGGCAGCUAAAAGGCCAAUGCAAUUCUGGGCUGCAUCAAUAGGAGUAUAGCAUCUAGAUCAAGGGAAGUAAUAGUGCCACUGUAUUCUGCUCUGGUCAGACCUCACCUGGAGUACUGUGUCCAGUUCUGGGCACCACAGUUCAAGAAGGACACUGACAAACUGGAACGUGUCCAGAGGAGGGCAACCAAAAUGGUCAAAGGCCUGGAAACGAUGCCUUAUGAGGAACGGCUAAGGGAGCUGGGCAUGUUUAGCCUGGAGAAGAGGAGGUUAAGGGGUGAUAUGAUAGCCAUGUUCAAAUAUAUAAAAGGAUGUCACAUAGAGGAGGGAGAAAGGUUGUUUUCUGCUGCUCCAGAGAAGCGGACACGGAGCAAUGGAUCCAAACUACAAGAAAGAAGAUUCCACCUAAACAUUAGGAAGAACUUCCUGACAGUAAGAGCUGUUCGACAGUGGAAUUUGCUGCCAAGGAGUGUGGUGGAGUCUCCUUCUUUGGAGGUCUUUAAGCAGAGGCUUGACAACCAUAUGUCAGGAGUGCUCUGAUGGGGUUUCCUGCUUGGCAGGGGGUUGGACUCGAUGGCCCUUGUGGUCUCUUCCAACUCUAUGAUUCUAUGAUUGCAAUGGGACUACUCUGAGCAGGACUAAAGUUGGCUGGAUAGUGUACUUUUUUUCUGGGGGUACUCAAGGUUACGCAGUACCAGCACCUUUAAAUAUAUACCGUAUUUUUCGCUCUAUAGGACGCACUUUUUCCCCUCCAAAAAUUAAGGGGAAAUGUUUGUGUGUCCUGUGGAGCGAAUGCAGGCUCCUUGGCUUCAGCAAAAGCAACGCGAAGCCUCCAAAGCGCAGAGGGAGCGCUCCCUCCGCGCUCCAGAGGCUUCGCGUUGCUUUCGCUGAAGCCUGGAGAGCGGGAUGGGUCGGUGCGCACCAACCCCUCUCGCUCUCCAGGCUUCAGGGAUAGCCGCCUGAAGCCUUUGGAGCACAGCGGGACCUUGCGCUGCGCUCCGAAGGCUUCGGGUUCCUUUCACUGAAGCCAGGAGAGCAAGACUCUUCCGGCUUCAGCAGAGAGGGAGAGCUGCGCAGCGCCCCUUCAGCGAAGCGGCAGGAGAAACGGAGCCCCUUCCAUUUCUCCUCCCGCUUCGCUGAAGGGGCGCUGAGCAGAGAGGGGGAGAAUUUUUUUUCUUGUUCUCCCCCUCUAAAACAAGGUGCGUCCUAUGGUCGGGUGCAUCCUAUAGAGCGAGAAAUACGGUAUAUUAAAAGUUCAACACUUUCUGUAACAACGUGGGUACCAACACCUUUUUUCUCCUUCUUCUUUUUUUUAAAAAAGCACUGGAUCGAACCCAAUGUUUUGAAACGAAAGACCCUGCUAAAAAGUACUCCCUUGGAGGUUGACUGCCUCUCAGAGGGAUAUGGAUCUUCACAGGACUGGGCUAUUUUUAAAUAGGCUUUUAUUGAUUUUCUCAGUAAAACAAAACGGAGAUAGAACAGUACAGAACACACCCAGUAAGAGCCGGUGUCACAGCUCAGCAGCGUAGCAAAGAGGGCAUUUUUGAAAUGGAUACUGAGCCCAGGGAAAAGAGGCAACAGGAAAUUAUAGGCUAGAACCAGGGAGGUCCCUCCGAAAGAAGAUUUUUCAGUGCAAAUGAAACCAUGUCUGCUCAGAAGUAAGUCCUAUGAAAUGCAAUGAGACUUACUCCCAGGCAAACGGGGUUAUGGUUGCAGCCUUUGGGUGGCAAUCAACUACGUUUUACUGAGAGCAGAACUGCUCGAAUUAAUGCGCCACAUCCAUUCAUUUCAGUGGGUCUAUUCGGUGAGUAAAACUUAGUUGAAUACCACUUUGGUUGGUAAAUCUUAUACAGUUGUACCUUGGAUCCCAAACGCCUGGUACUCGGACGUUUUGGCUCCUGAACUAUCGAAAACCGGAAGUGAGUGUUCCGGUUUGCGAACGUUCUUUGCAACCCGAACAUCCGACAGGGCUUCCGGGGCUUCCGAUUGGCUGCAAGUGCUUCCUGCAGCCAAUCAGAAGCGGCACUUUGGUUUCUGAACAUUUUGGAAGUCGAAUGGACUUCCGGAACUGAUUCCUUUCAAUUUCCAAGGUACGACUGUACUGUUUAGAAGUGUGUUUUGGGGGGUGGAGGGGAAGAGACUACAACACCCUCCACACAGAUAUCAUUGUCUCCCAAUUUUUCUUUCACCCAUUUUUGUUGUUGUUCGGUCUUUGCCUAGAAACUGACAUGGAGGUCGAAUCAACACGAUAUCAACAUCUGCCGGAUGAAAGGAAAACACGAGGUAAGUCUGUUUUGCGGCAUCUUACAAUGCCAAGUUCACAUAUAAAUGCACAUACCUGUAUUAGUGGGGAAAAUAGCAUGCAAAAAAUGUGUUGUUUUAGGGGAAAUUGCUUUGGGGAAAUGUGUUUACAGUGGCACCUUGGUUCGCGAAUGCCUCUGUUGUCGUGCGUUUUGGUUCUCAAAUGCCGAAAAUCCGGAAGUAAAUGCUUCCGUUUUCGAACGUUUUUCAGAACCCAAGUGUGCAACGCAUUUUCUGCUGAGUGCAAGAAGGUUUGCAACCAAUGGGAAGCCACGCCCCAGUUAUCGAACGUUUCGGAAGCUGGACGGGCUUCUGGAAUGGAUUCGUUCGAGAUCCGAGGUAGCCCCUGUAUUAGGCAAAAUUGCACACCGAAUGGUGUCGAUCAGGAGAAAUUUGCCCUAAGAUGCCAAUGAAUUUGCAUGGGGCCUUUAAAAAAAUAAAAAAAGUUUGCAAACAGAUGUGGAAAUGUGCGGAGCUGAAGGUAAGAUUGGAAAAAUAAGAAACUUGAACCUUAUCAGGAAGAGGAGACCCAGGGAACAGCUGGCCAGAAAUCUCCACAUAUUUGCUGUUGCAUGUUUUGCGAUGCUUUUUAACAUCCAGGUCCUGGGCUAACAUAACUGACGCCAUGCUCCGAAGAAAGCUGGACUCGGCAGCUUGAAGAAAUCAUUACGCUUGCCAGUAAUGACAUCUUUUGCAUAAUUGGUUCUGCCACUCACGGUGUGUCUUCGUGUUGCACACUCAAGCAUGUUCAGAGCACCUAGACUUCGCCCCCCACCCUCAAUCUCACAUCUAAAGUAUUACUGGGCACAGAGUUUUCCCCCUCAACAUUCUCAUAUGUCUGCAAAACUCUGCAGAGCCUCCGAUACCCUAGCUUUAAGGAACUUCAGCUUAACUUGGGCUGCCAUUUCCGUCAGAAAUUGCGUCCUGGCGGAAUUUCCAAAAAUCGGUAAAAAAUGUCCAGGAAAACCCAGGCGUAUGGCAACACGUGUCAGGACUGUUGGUUUUUUGGCGAAUUUCCUUAAAAAUGGCUGAGAAACGUCAACGUCCUAAGGAAAAGCAAGACAUUCCGGAAUCAAGUCAAAAACGUGGGAUGGCUUCUGUUAAUCCAGGACUUUUUGUUGUUAAGUCGUUUAGUCGUGUCCGACUCUUCGUGACCCCAUGGACCAGAGCACGCCAGGCCCUCCUGUCUUCCACUGCCUCCCGCAGUUUGGUCAAACUCAUGUUAGCAGUUUUGAGAACACUGUCCCACCAUCUCGUCCUCUGUCGUCCCCUUCUCCUUGUGCCCUCCAUCUUCCCCAACAUCAGGGUCUUUUCCAGGGAGUCUUCUCUUCUCAUGAGGUGGCCAAAGUCUUGGAGCCUCAGCUUCAGGAUCCGUCCUUCCAGUGAGAACUCAGGGCUGAUGUCCUUCAGAAUGGAGAGGUUUGAUCUUCUUGCAGUCCAUGGAACUCUCAAGAGUCUCCUCCAGCACCAGAAUUCAAAAGCAUCCAUUCUUCGGCCAUCAGCCUUCUUUAUGGUCCAGCUCUCACCUCCAUACAUCACUACUGAAUCCAGGACUAUCCCUGGAAAAUAAGGACACUUGGGGAGAUCCUCAGUGUGGUCCUUUGCUUUUGAAUAGGAUGUGUUGAUUUUUAAGGACUCCUGGCCAAUUUCUGCAGGUGUUUGGAUGUCUAGCUCUAGAGUGACUCAUCCCUAUAAAUGGGUCAGCAUUUCACAGAAAUGGGGCAGGGACGACUAAGGCCUUCCUAAUCACCAGGAUAUUUUCAAACUGAGCUUUGCAAUAAUAGGGACUAGGAGAUUGCAUAAAACAGAGGUCUUCAACCUUUCUGAGUCCAUGGCUCCCUUGACCAACGACAGUGAUACCUCUGUUUUUGAACGUACAGUACUACCUCGGGUUACAGACGCUUCAGGUUACAGACGCUUCAGGUUACAGACUCCUCUAACCCAGAAAUAGUACCUCAGGUUAAGAACUUUGCUUCAGGAUGAGAACAGAAAUUGCACAGCGGCGGCAGCGGGAGGCCCCAUCAGCUAAAGUGGUACCUCAGGUUAAGAACAGUUUCAGGUUAAGAACAGACCUCCAGAACGAAUUAAGUUCUUAACCCAAGGUACCACUGUAAUCCAUUCUGGCAAUCGUCUAGUGUCAUUCUGACGUUAGGUGAUUGACAGGUGGGUAGCCCCGCCUCCUGUCAAAUCUGGUCUGCGAGGGAAGGGGAAACAAAAGAACUGGCUGGAUCCACCCCUUCUUCGGUGCAUCUCUGAGAUUCUCUCAUUCCAGCAUCUCUGUCUCUCCUUUUGUACCUAGCUCAGCUGAUCCGGGAUCAGGUGACCACGGUGACAAGGCCAUGUUUUCAAGUAGCCAGGUGGCAGUGGCUCUCUGACAGCCCCACAGAUCCAAUACUCAAAAUGGGAAUGUACAUUUUGCUCUGUAGCCGUUUGAUUACAGUCAGCAGCCAGGAUCAAGAUGAAAAACACCGACGAGAAAACUUAAAAGCUCGGAACAAAAUAAAAGAGUUUCUCAAACGUAAUCCAUUCCAGAAGACCGUUUGAGUUCUGAAAUGUUAGAAAACUGAGGCGCAAAGGGCUGCCAGCAAAUUCAGUUGAGAAAAUUGAAAAACACACAGCGGAAGCUGUUUCGACUUCUGAGGCGUGUUCAAAAACGGGAGCAUUUACUUCCGGGUUUUCGGCGUUCGUGUUCCGAAAGGUUCAGCAACGGAGACGUUCAAAAACCGAGGUUCUGCUGUAGAGCAUUUUGCUCUAUUUCAAAGACCAAAUUAUCACAGGGAUUAACUUUGUGUUCCUGUGAAGUGUUAGCUCACGUCCUUUAAAUAGGCCGCUAAAAGAGUUUGCCUGCUUGCCCUGACACACACUUACCUCAGUCACAAGGUGCCUGCGAUCCCCGCUCCCCAGUUGCAGGCAAGGAGACUCCCCAGAGUUUCUCUCUGCUGGUCUUGAAUCCUUUUGGGAUGUCUCCUGGGAAAGUCUGGCUCUUCUCCCUCGCACUCGGCCCAGGGAGGCGUUAAUAGAAUCUGGAAAUUGGAUUUCGCACCGAUUAUGAGAUGUGUCUGUUCCGAUCAACAGACCAGAAAUAAUUAAUUACAAAACCAAUUAUAUGAGCCUCUUAAUAAAUCACGUUGGAUAUAAAAUGUUUGCCAGGAGCUGAAGGGAGAGUAUGAAACACGGCGCGCAGGUCCCAGAGAGGCUCCAGUUUGGGCCAUCCAGAGACUUUCCCUGGGAGAACAGAGAGCGGUGGGGGUCGGAGGGUGAAAAAUUAAACAGGGUUUAAUUUCUUGGGCUCCAUGAUCACUGGAGAUGGUGACAGCAGCCACAAAAUUAAAAGACGCUUGCUUCUUGGGGGAAAAGCAAUGACAAACCUAGACAACAUCUUUAAAAGCAGGGACAUCACCUUGCCAACAAAGGUCCGUAUAGUUAAAGCUCUGGUUUUCCCAGUAGUGAUGUAUGGAAGUGAGAGCUGGACCAUAAAGAAGGCUGAUCGCCAAAGAAUGGAUGCUUUUGAAUUCUGGUGCUGGAGGAGACUCUUGAGAGUCCCAUGGACUGCAAGAAGAUCAAACCUAUCCAUUCUGAAGGAAAUCAGCCCUGAGUGCUCACUGGAAGGACAAAUCCUGAAGCUGAGGCUCCAAUACUUUGGCCACCUCAUGAGAAGAGAAGACUCCCUGGAAAAGACCCUGAUGUUGGGAAAGAUGGAGGGCACAAGGAGAAGGGGACACAGAAGACGAGAUGGUGGGACAGUGUUCUCGAAGCUACCAGCAUGAGUUUGACCAAACUGCAGGAGGCAGUGGAAGACAGGAGUGCCUGGCGUGCUCUGGUCCAGGGGGUCACGAAGAGUCGGACACGACUAAAUGACUAAACAACAACAACAAAUUUGCCAAACAUGAAAUGCCAGAGGCUGCCCUGUGGUCCUUCUCCAAAUCCUAGGUAUAUUUGGCCAGGGGCGGGAGGCAGAGAAAUCCCGUUUGCAUUUCAAGGCGAAACGACCAAAUGCACACUUUUCCGAAACAAGGUGCAAACCAGCUUUCGAAAUUUAUAGUUCUCCGAAUUUCACAUCGCAGUUCUCCAGCCAAGAGAAAUGCACACGCUUAUGAAAAAGGCACAUAUUCGAUUGGGGUAAAAAUGAGGAACCCAUACUGAUAGCUUCAUAACUCCAGAUCCUCCAACAUUUCUCUGAUGAAAAUAGGGGCAUCUUAUUCCAUCCCCUCCAACAUUUCUCCAGUGAAAAUAGGGACAUCCUAUUCUAUCCUCUCCAACAUUUCUCUGAGGAAAAUAGGGACAUCCUAUUCCAUCCUCUCCAAUGUUUCUCUGAGAAAAAUAGGGACGUCCUAUUCCAUCCCCUUCAACAUUUCUCUGAUGAAAAUAGGGACGUCCUAUUCCAUCCUCUCCAAUGUUUCUCUGAGGAAAAUAGGGACAUCCUAUUCCAUCCCCUCCAAUGUUUCUCUGAGGAAAAUAGGGACAUCCUAUUCCAUCCUCUUCAACAUUUCCCCAAUGAAAAUAGUGACAUCUUAUUCCUUCCCCUCCAACAUUUCCCCGAUGAAAACAGGGACAUCCUAAGGAAAAGCGGGAAAUUCUGGGAUCAAAUCAGAAACCAGGACGGCUUCUGUAAAUCCAGGAUUGUCCCUGGAAAAUAGGGACACAUGGAGGGUCUCCAUUUCUGGGGAUUAAAACACACACACACCAUUUUUUCCCCUGCCUUCCACCCUGGCAGGGAUUAUGGCUUCGAAAGAUGAAGUAGAGAUGCUAGCAGGAAGUGGGAAAGUGAGCGGAGUUUGCAGGGAGGGGGGGAAUGGCUCACCCAACCUCGUUCCUCUCUCUCUCUCUCUCUGGCCUGCUAGGAAACCAUGGAAACAGAGAGGGAAGAAAGGUGCUUAGAUGGGAGAGCAAAGAGAGAGGAUGAGAACUCACAAUAGAAACACAAAGGUCUGUGCUAGAGCAGGCGAGGGUGAAGGAGAAGAGAUAGCAAGCUUGGAGCCAAAUAGCUGGCCACGGAGAUGGGGGGCGGGAGCGAGAACGGUGGCUUUUCCCAUUUGUUACCAGUAGUAUUAUUUUUAAUUUUUUUAAAUGAUAUUUAUUAAAGUUUCCAAUAAAAACAGAACACAUCAGUAAAAGAAAAUUAAAAGUAAAAAGAAAAGUACACAAUACAAAAAUACACAAUACAAAAUGCAAAAAAAAAAAGGAAAAAACAAUUAAAAACAAUACCACCUUUUCAUCACCACUUUUGAAUUUACUUAUUUUCUGGACCUCCUCGUACCUCCCUCUUUUGUAUUCCAGUUCAAUUUGUUUGUCCAGCAAUUUCUUUCCCUCUUUUUAAAUCCCAAUCCUUAAUCUUAAUAUGGUAUAACAUUAAAUUCUUAUCUAUUAAUAGCCAAUUUUCCAUUCUUUUAACCUUUUUAUGCCUAAUCCUUAAUCUUAGUCUAUAUAUAACUUUAACGCCUGUACAGCUAGAAACCACUUAAUUUCAAUCCAUCAUCACUCUAACAUUCUUUGAUUUUGCAAUGUUUCUGUAGAUAAUCUUUAAAUUUCUUCCAAUCUUCUUCCACCGACUCUUCUCCCUGGUCACGGAUUCUACCAGUCAUUUCCGCCAGUUCCAUAUAGUCCAUCAGUUUCAUCUGCCAUUCCUCCAGUGUGGGUAACUCUUGUGUCUUCCAAUACUUUGCGAUGAGUAUUCUUGCUGCUGUUGUUGCGUGUUACCAGUAGUAUUAUUACUACUGGUACCCGCACGAGGGUGGACGUGGGUGGCGCUGUGGGUAAGACCUCAGCGCCUAGGGCUUGCCGAUCGCAUGGUCGGCGGUUCGAAUCCCCGCGCCGGGGUGAGCUCCCGUCUUUUGGUCCCAGCUCCUGCCCACCUAGCAGUUCGAAAGCACCCCUAAAGUGCAAGUAGAUAAAUAGGUACCGCUUUAUAGCGGGAAGGUAAACGGCGUUUCCGUGUGCUGCGCUGGCUCGCCAGAGCAGCUUCGUCACGCUGGCCACGUGACCCGGAAGUGUCUCCGGACAGCGCUGGCCCCCGGCCUCUUAAGUGAGAUGGGCGCACAACCCUAGAGUUGGACACGACUGGCCCGUACGGGCAGGGGUACCUUUACCUUUACCUUUACUACCCGCACAAGAUGUAAAGAGUGAGGUGCAAAUGUCAAGAUAUCGCCAACAGCAAGUUUUUUUUAAAAAGCACAACCUGAAACCAGGGACAAGAUAAGAGACUCUAUUUUGCUCACGUUUAAGGGGGGGGCAAACCUGGACAGCAUCUUAAAAAACAGAGACAUCACCUUGCCAACAAAGGUGCAUAUAGUUCAAGCUAUGGUUUUCCCAGUAGUGAUGUAUGGAAGUGAGAGCUGGACCAUAAAGAAGGCUGAUCGCCAAAGAAUGGAUGCUUUUGAAUUCUGGUGCUGGAGGAGACUCUUGAGAGUCCCAUGGACUGCAAGAAGAUCAAACCUCUCCAUUCUGAAGGAAAUCAGCCCUGAGUGCUCACUGGAAGGACAGAUCCUGAAGCUGAGGCUCCAAGACUUUGGCCACCUCAUGAGAAGAGAAGACUCUCUGGAAAAGACCCUGAUGUUGGGAAAGAUGGAGGGCACAAGGAGAAGGGGACGGCAGAGGACGAGAUGGUGGGACAGUGUUCUCGAAGCUAUCAACAUGAGUUUGACCAAACUGCAGGAGGCGGUGGAAGACAGGAGGGCCUGGCGUGCUCUGGUCCAGGGGGUCACGAAGAGGCGGACACGACUAAAUGACUAAACAGCAACAACAAAGGUGGGGGACUGACCAAACCCACACUUUGCGAAACGAUACGCAAACGAUUCCGCUUCGCUAUCUGCGCCCUUCCAAAUUUGGAGACCCGGUUCCCUGACGGAACAAUGCGCGCAAAGAGGCGUCUGUCCGGGGAAAGUGUGCUUUGAAAUAGCAUGGAUUAGAUCGAUUUAAAAAUAAAAAAUUCUACACUGCCCUUUGUCCGGGGAUCACAGGGCAGUUUGCAAUAUAAAAGCACACGCACACAAAAUGCACAGUGUAAUAACAAACAAAACAAUAGCAUGCAAACAUGUCCAUGAUUCCUGGUCAAAAAAUACUGCUUUUUGGGGGGUGAAGGGCACUUCUAUGGUUUGAGAGUUUUGUUGGAUUCUAUUGUACGUCUCCAAACUUCAGAGAUGUCAACCCCCCCCGAAAAAAACCCAUGUUGCUUCUCAUUUUUCUAAUCUGAAACUCAGCUCUCCACAUUUCCACACCAGUUUGCGAAUUUUUGAAAAACAAGUCCUCGUGAUAAUAAUAAUAAAAAUAAUAAUUUAUUAUUUAUACCCCGCCCAUCCAGCUGGGCUUCCCCAGCCACUCUGGGUGGCUUCCAACAAAAUAUUAAAAUACAGUAAUGCAUCAAACAUUAAAAGCUUCCCUAACCAGGGCUCAUAGAAUCAUAGAAUCCUAGAGUUGGAAGAGACCACAAGGGCCAUCGAGUCCAACCCCCUGCCAAGCAGGAAACCCCAUCAGAGCACUCCUGACAUAUGGUUGUCAAGCCUCUGCUUAAAGACCUCCAAAGAAGGAGACUCCACCACACUCCUUGGCAGCAAAUUCCACUGUCGAACAGCUCUUACUGUCAGGAAGUUCUUCCUAAUGUUUAGGUGGAAUCUUCUUUCUUGUAGUUUGGAUCCAUUGCUCCGUGUCCGCUUCUCUGGAGCAGCAGAAAACAACCUUUCUCCCUCCUCUAUGUGACAUCCUUUUAUAUAUUUGAACAUGGCUAUCAUAUCACCCCUUAACCUCCUCUUCUCCAGGCUAAACUUGCCCAGCUCCCUUAGCCGUUCCUCAUAAGGCAUCGUUUCCAGGCCUUUGACCAUUUUGGUUGCCCUCCUCUGGACACGUUCCAGUUUGUCAGUGUCCUUCUUGAACUGUGGUGCCCAGAACUGGACACAGUACUCCAGGUGAGGUCUGACCAGAGCAGAAUACAGUGGCACUAUUACUUCCCUUGAUCUAGAUGCUAUACUCCUAUUGAUGCAGCCCAGGGCUGCCUUCAGAUGUCUUCUAAAAGUCUGGUAGUUGUUGUUCUCUUUGACAUCUGGUGGGAGGGCGUUCCACAGGGCAGGCGCCACCACCGAGAAGGCCCUCUGCCUGGUUCCCUGUAACUUGGUUUCUUGCAGUGAGGGAUCCACUAGAAGGCCCUCAGCGCUGGACCUCAGCGUCCGGGCAGAACGAUGGGGGUGGAGACGCACCUUCAGGUAUACGGGACCGAGGCUUAAUUGUAGCAUCUUAGGGCAAAUUUUGCUCAAUAUCUGCAUGUUCUGUAUGUUUUCUCCUUCUAAUACUGUACUAGAGUUGCCAUAUUUCAAAAAGUGAUAAAUCCGGACACAAAAAUUUUUGAGCUUUUUUUUUUUUUUUUUUGUAAUAUCUAAAAAAAAGAAAGAAAAGUUUUUGAGCUAUUUUUAAUGAAAUGUGACAGAAUCUACACUUCUGGAUUUUCCUGGACAUUUCAGCAAUUUCUGCCCAGGUGCUGUUUACAAAGGCUGAAUUCUGGUUACGUCUGGGAAAUUCUGGAUGUAUGGAAACCCUGUCUAAUGCACACACUUUUGCAAAGCAAUUCCCCCCGUAUAAUGCAUCUUUGUAUUCUGUUUUCCCUAAUACAGUAGUACCUCAGGUUACAUACGCUUCAGGUUACAUACGCUUCAGGUUACAGACUCGGCUAACCCAGAAAUAGUGCUUCAGGUUAAGAACUUUGCUUCAGGGUGAGAACAGAAAUUGUGCUCCGGCGGCAUGGCAGCAGCAGGAGGCCCCAUUAGCUAAAGUGGUACCUCAGGUUAAGAACAGUUUCAGGUUAAGUACGGACCUCCGGAACGAAUUAAGUACUUAACCUGAGGUACCACUGUAUACACAUUUUCCUACCUUACUAUAUAAAUGCACAUCUCUUGCCCAGGGAACUACACCACAAAAAUUCAGAAAAGUGCAAAUUCUAACAGAAUGGCUCUGAUUCGGUUUGCAAAGUGCAGACUUAGUAGGUUCACUUACAGAUGCAAAGUGGACUGAAUUUGGCCCUGCACCUGACAGCACAGAGCACUGAACUUGCAAAUAGGGGGAGUAAAAAUGAUGAUAAAAGUGUUUUGCUUGUUCAGAAGGAGUCCUGGCUUGUUUUUAUGAGGUGUGUGGUAGGUACAAGAAAAGAAGCGUCAGAGACUCGAUCUGACCUGGGCCCAGCCUGCCUUCAGCCCCCUAUGGGGCUCGCUUCCCAUCUAGGCCAGCAGAGUAACGUUGCGUGGCAAGUUCCCGACCUCCCCAGGCGGAAAUAAUGACACAUGACACAAUUAUUAAGGUUAAUGGGCUAAAAAAGGCCACAGCUUUAUUGGUUACAGGGGAUGAGCGGUAUUGGCUUAGACAUUGGUCCUAACCCACUAUAUCCUACUCCAGCCCAUCUGCUUGAAGUCCGGGAAGGGUUAACCACCAGUAGGGGGAGUCCUGCUGAUGCGCAUCAACUAGGAACUCCCCCGGGGUCACCGAUAGGGGGCGGGUCUUAGGCCCUCACCUCCCUAGGCUUCGGACAGGGCCACGCCCCCAGGAAUCCUUUAUUGGACUACCCUUCAAUAUGUGGGGCAGGUGAUGGCGCUUCCUCCCCUCUUCCAUCUACAGAACCAUACCAAUGCCUAACCGCCAAUACCCAGAAAGUUGUGGCGAUUUGCUACGAGGUAGGCGAUAACCAAGUGGCUGGUGCCAAUUUGCCAAGUGGGAAAAUUCCUACCAGGCCCCUCAACAGCGACCAACCGAGGUCCAUAGCAAGGUCAAGGAACGAAAACCUUAUAGGGUGGGAAAACAGGAACAGCUGGUGGGCAGCAAAGAGGGAGAUCUCCGGCCGUGGCCUGCCUAUAUAGGGCAGGCCACGCCCCCCGAACCUGCCGAUUGGCCGGCUAGGGGAAUCCCCCGCAGGGCUGGCUUCCACCCACUGCGCGAGUGGAGGGGCCGUGAAGCCCGCAACCCCACCACCUCCUGAAGGCGGAAGUGGCCUUGCAAACUCUGAGCAUGUCAGGAGUGCUUUUCGCUUUGCAGCCUUCAUCGCUUCGCUUCUCCUCCCCAGGCAGAGUGCCGGAAUUUUAUCAAAGUGCUUUUGCUUCGCAACGACAACCUCCUCUUCGUGUGCGGCACCAACGCUUUCAAUCCCAUCUGCGCCAACUACACCGUGAGUAUCAGGAACUUGGGGCCGGCCAGGCAGUGCCCGUAACUCAUCGCUCACCCCAGUUUGCACCCGGCACAAAUAUCCCUUGCGCCCCAACUAGUCUGGCUGAAUCGUGUGAAGUGAGCGUCCAGAUUCCUGCUUCCCCUCCCAAUAUACACGGCCGACGUUAUGGGCUAUUAUUUCAUGCCCAAUGGUUCAAAUAGUGUUCUGGCCAGGGGUGACUGGUGCCCCUUGGGCAGAAGGCCAGGAGCCCAACGGUAAAGGUAAUGGGACCCCUGACCGUUAGGUCCAGUCACGGACGACUCUGGGGUUGCGGUGCUCAUCUCGCUUUACUGGCCGAGGGAGCUGGCGUACAGCUUCCGGGUCAUGUGGCCAGUAUGACUAAGCCACUUCUGGUGAGCCAUAGCAGCGCACGGAAAUGCUGUUUACCUUCCCGCCGGAGCAGUACCUAUUUAUCUGCUUGCACCGAUGUGCUUUUGAACAGGAGCAGGGUUGGCAGGAGCAGGGACCGAGCAAUGCGAUCUCACCCCGUUGCGGGGAUUCGAACCGCCGACCUUCUGAUCAGCAAGCCCUAGGCUCUGUGGCUUAACCCACAGCGCCACCCGCAUCCCUGAGCCCAACAGUAGGGGGCGCCAAAGACAGUGGAAGGCAGAGCCAGCUAAUUCUUGUUUUGCCCCCUCCCUUCCAACUUCUACAAGGGGCAAACACUGAGUCGGAGGAGAGGGACAGUCAUUGACAAUCCCCUGGUGUGGUUGCGAGUAAAAAGAGCGGGUGGGCAGUUUGCUGCUCCCCUCCUUUGACAGCCACCUGUGGUUGUUCUGUGGUUCUGUGCUGACUUUGAGCUGUUUUGGUGGCUGCCCACCAACACCUAAAGAUGUCUUGCAGCUGCUGUGAAUUUCAGGGUUCCCUCAAGUCUGCCGAUAACACCCUCUUGCGAGCUUUGGCUACAAAUAAGGUUCGACACUUGGCAAAUAGCUCUGCUUCGAGUGUACAGGUUGUGCACCAAAAUUCUAGCUUUCUGUUGCAGAACCACCCCAAUCACUGCUGGAUGAGCAAGACCGAAACAACUGCAAUAAACCGAAGGGCAGAUGGAAGGGGCGUUCAGUAUAUGCACUUAUCUAUAUUAUAAACCAGGGAUGCGGGUGGCGCUGUGGUCUAAACCACAGAGCCUUUUGGGCUUGCCGAUCGGAAGGUCGGCGGUUCGAAUCCCCGCAACGUGGUGAGCUCCCAUUCUUUGGUCCCUGCUCCUGUCAACCUAGCAGUUUGAAUGCAUGUCAAAGUGCAAGUAGAUAAAAAGGUACCACUCUGGCGGGAAGGUAAAUGGCAUUUCCAUGUGCUGCUCUGGUUCACCAGAAGCGGCUUAGUCAUGCUGGCCACAUGACCCGGAAAAACUGUCUGUGGACAAACAUCUGCUCCUUUGGCCAGUAAAGUGAGAUGAGCACUGCAACCCCAGAGUCAUCCGCGCCUGGACUUAACUGUCAGGGGUAAAUCAGCGACCUGGGCUUCAAAAGCCAGGGCACACUGUCAGCAGAGAUAACUGCACACACAGAAUAGGUGUGAGACUUGUGGAAGUAUACUGCAUCUACAGAUUUAUUAAUCAUAUAUCAGGACAAAGAAACAUGUCGUCUCUUUCUCGUGUCGUCUCAGAGAGAACGGGGAAAACAAAGGCUAUACACACAACGGAAGUUCCCAGCAAGCUGUGCUGGAAUGUAAACAGACAUGUGACACGUAACAAUCCCAUGUCUGUUCCUUAAGGUGGAACAGAAUUCUCAACAUCUUACCUUUAACUUGGGUCCAUUAAUGCCAGUGGGUCCUGGGUCGUUGGAUACAGCCCGUUUCCUUUUGCCCAGCCCCUCGAGAGAUCUGCAGUUUGUCUAACUAUCUUUUCCUCCCACCAGAUGGACACGUUGGAGCCCACGGGAGACAACAUCAGUGGGAUGGCUCGAUGCCCCUAUGACCCCAAACACGCCAACGUCGCUCUCUUCACAGGUCAGUUCAGAGCACGGAGGGAAGUAUUUUCAUAGAAUCAUAGAAUCAUAGAGUUGGAAGAGACCACAAGGGCCAUCGAGUCCAACCCCCUGCCAAGCAGGAAACACCAGCAGAGCACUCUUGAUAUGGGCUGUCAAGCCUCUGCUUGUAAAGACUCCAGCAAGAGACUCCACCAUACUCCUCAGCAGCAAAUUCACUGUCGAACAGCUCUUGAAUGCUGUAAAGUUCUUCCCAAUGUUUAGGUGGAAUCUUCUUUCUAAAGUUGAUCCAUGCCCAAAGCCUUCCUUCUGAGUAGCAGAAACAACCUCUCUGUGGCGUUCUUUUAUGCUGAAACAUGAUGUGUCUUAAUCGCUCACUCAGAAGAUAAAUGCCAGUUCUGUGUGUGUAUGCUAAGACCUCGUUUAGGCCUUACUGUUUUAAGAUACUCUGCCAGAUUAAUACUUCCAGUUGUUUAACACCUUGAACUAAAAAUAGAACCAUUAACAGGCUGCAAAGAGGUCUUUAAUUUUAUGGUGAAUGUGUGGCAUUACAUUUUUAGACUUGGCUGCUGUGCCUGUAUGAUGCAGCUUAGAACUGCAUUACUUAAUCAUACUACAUCGUUGACAUGUUUGUAAUAAUUUACUCUGGUCCUUGCACAUGGCUUGCCUAACAAAAAUUCUGUUAGAGUUUCUAGUUUUGCUCUAUAUAACUGCCUGCACUUCCAAAUCUGUCUUGUUUGUUUUGGCCUAGUUCUUGAAUUGUCAGCUGUUUUAAAGGAUCCUGUCCCUAAAAAGGCUACCUCCAAUUUGGUGUCAUCUGCAAAUUUGAUCAGGAUGCCCUUGAGUCCAUCAUCCAAGUUUGAUAAGAUGUUGAAUAAGACUGCCCAAGACAGAACUCCUGUGGCACUUCACUAGUCACUCUUUCUCCAGGAUGAAGAGGGACCAUUGAUGAGCAAUCUUGGGUCUGGUCAGCCACACAUAACUACCAGUGUGUAUAGUCAGUAUUCUGUUAUUUUACCAGCUUCUUUACAAGAAUAUCAUACUAUGAUUCUAUGAUUCUAUGAAAGCCCAGCCAGCAGCCAAACGAAGCCUCAAGAGGUGGUUCCCACAGCGCAGCAACCCGGCAAAGGGGAUGCAGCAAGGAAAACCACCGUCACCUCUCCGCUGGGAAGCGCUGAGCAAAGGCGAGUCCCCAGGCAAGGCGGCCGAUUUGAUCGGCACAAGGCAUGCAAGCUCCACCCCCCAGUCGUUCUUAGACUCCUUAUUGGGUGAGCAACGCAGCCAAGCAACCCAGUUGGAGCCUCCCUCCUCCCUGGCUGGCAGGGAGGGAGAGGAGCUGCUUCCUUUGAAACCCAGGAAAUUUAAGGGACAUCAUCAAUAAGGGACAGCAGCGGGACACUGUGCUGGGAUAAAGGACUUUCCUGCCAAAUAAGGGACAGUUGACAGCUAUGUUAUGACUCAGCAAGCAGAAACAGCAUUUAUACCUCACCUUUCCUGCAAGGAGCUCAAGGCUGCCUGCAUGCACCCAUUCCCUGCCCCCAGCCCUGCAAAUAUAUAUGGGUUUCCUUAAGCAUCACAACAACCAUGAGGGGUAGGUUAGACCGGGGACACAUUCAAGGCUACCAAUCAAGGAUUUGAACCUGCGUCUCCCCAAGCCUGGUCUCACACGCACAAAUAAUGAGCUCUUUCAACGACAGAGAAGCAAGCCAGUCUCUGGUUCCUAUGGCGACAAUGAAGUGGGUUAUCUGUGGUCCUUGAGAUACAAGGCGUUUUUGUGUGUGUUAGUAGAGGGAUGACCCCGCUUGUUAAGAAUCAUAGAUGCCUUCCCUGCCUCUGUUUGGUCCUAUGUGCCCAACCUUAAAUUAAAAACACACCCACAGAGUCACAUGGUUUCUAAUAAAUAUAUUAGAAUAUAUACCUGGAGGAGCGUCUCCACCCCCAUCGUUCAGCUCAGACACUGAGAUCCAGCGCCAGGGGCCUUCUGGCUGUUCCCUCAUUGCGAGAAGUGAGGUUACAGGGAACCAGGUAGAGGGCCUUUUCGGUAGUGGCGCCCUCCCUUCAGAUGUGAAGGAAAUAAGCAGCUAUCCUAUCUUCAAAAGACAUCUGAAGGCAGCCCUGUUCAGGGAAGUGUUUAAUAUUUAACGCUGUAUUGUUUUUAACAUUUGAUUGGGAGCUGCCCAGAGUGGCUGGGAAAACUCAGCCAGAUGGGCGGGGUAUAAAUAAAUUAUUAUUAUUACUACUACUACUACUAUUAUUAUUACUACUACUAUUAUUAUUAUUGUAAUGGAUUGAGUUGGCAUUCUGAGGCAAGCCUGCUUAAUUCAGACUUCCCAAAAUAAUAUGGGAAUUGAAAUCUGCACAUCUUUGAAAUUUGUUCUGCAGUCAUGUCAUGUGUACAAAGAGUGUGGUUUGCAUUGACCUAUGGGACGCGGGUGGUGCUGUGGUCUAAACCACUGAGCCUCUUGGGCUUGCCGAUCGGAAGGUCGGCGGUUUGAAUCCCCGUGACGGGGUGAGCUCCUGUUUCUCUGUCCCAGCUCCUGCCAACCUAGCAGCUCGAAAGCACGCCAGCGCAAGUAGAUAAAUAGGUACCGCUGUGGCGGGAAGGGAAACGGUAUUUCCGUGCCCUCUGGUUUCUGUCAUAGUGUCCCGUUGCGCCAGAAGUGGUUUAGUCCCGCUGGCCACAUGACCCGGAAAGCUAUCUGUGGACAAACGCCGGCUCCCUCGGCCUGAAAGCGAGAUGAGCGCCGCAACCCCAUAGUCGCCUUUAGCUGGACUGAACCAUCCAGGGGUCCUUUGCCUUUUACCUUUUUUAUUGAAUUGGGGACCUUUUGUACGCAGGGCACGCACUCUCUGGCUGAGCUAGAGCAUUUUCUUUGGUGGUUCCAACUUCCGGGCGCUGCGCAACAUGCCCACCUGGCGUUAUUUACAACGCCUCUCUCUCACAACACCUCAUAUCUAUCUCCCCUUCCCUGACAGGUGGAAUGCUUUUCACCGCCACCGUGACGGAUUUCCUGGCCAUCGACGCAGUAAUUUACCGCAGCCUGGGAGACAGCCCGACUCUUCGCACAGUCAAGCACGACUCCAAGUGGUUUAAAGGUGCUUUGUCGAUUCGCUCCGCGGUGGGGGGAGGCCAGGGGGAGGCAGGAGUGGGAAAAGCCCCUCCGUUCGCUCAUAACACGAGGCAGCAUGCUCAACGGAUGAAUCAGUGUCGAGGAAAACGUCCUUGCGACGAAUCGACUGAGGCUUCUUUAAAUCGGCUGGCAAACCGGAAUAAAAUACAUGGGUGUUUUGCUUUUAAACAUCUUUAUCAAAAGUUCAAAAAGUACAUAAUUAUAUGUGCACUAAACAGGGGGAUACGUAAAUAAAAUAUAGAAAGAGAAAGAGAACCCAUGUAAAAGGGAAAAUAAAUUGGGGAGGGGGGAAACAAAACUUUAUAUUUUACAAGGUUGUUACUGUACUUCACCAGAUUUUAACCUAUUACAGUACAGUGGUACCUCAGGUUAAGUACUUAAUUCGUUCCAGAGGUCCGUUCUUAACCUGAAACUGUUCUUAACCUGAGGUACCACUUUAGCUAAUGGGGCUUCCUGCUGUCGCCGCGCGAUUUUUGUUCUCAUCCUGAAGCAAAGGUCUUAACCCGAGGUAAUAUUUCUGGGUUAGUGGAGUCUGUAACCUGAGGCAUCUGUAACCUGAAGCAUAUGUAACCCAAGGUACCACUGUAUUUGCAAGAAUGGGUUCCAAAUAUCACAGAAUUUGUCCAUGGCAUCUGUGUUUAUAUGCAAGUUGUUUAUAUGUUGCGAGUUUGCAUAAGUCUUCAAUCCAAUCGUAGAAGGGAGCCACAUUUUUAUUUUUCCAGUUCAUCAGUACAGUACAGCGGGAGGCCCCGUUAGCUAAAGUGGUACCUCAGGUUAAGAGCAGUUUCAGGUUAAGAACGGACCUCCAGAACGAAUUAAGUUCUUAAGCAGAGGUACCACUCUACAGCGAUAAAUGAUAUGCAACGUAAAUAAGAAUUUAAAUGACUUAAAGGUGACAAGUGGUGGUGGAGAGGAGUCAGAUGGGUGUGGUUCUUCAUCCUUUUUUCUUUCUUACCCUUUCCCUUUACUCUCUGGUUUUGGGGGUUAAGUGUGUGUACCUUAUUGUUUGUUUGUUUGUUUGUUUGUUUGUAAAUACCUCAGGAUGCAAACAGGAUCCAUUCCGGAGCCCCUUUCGCAUCCUGAAACGAACGCAACCCGUGACUGCGCGUGCGCGGGUAGCGAUUCACCACGUCCGUGCAUGCACGUGACGUCAUUUUGAGCGUCUGCGCAUGCGCGAGCGGCGAAACCCGGAAGUAACGCGCUCCAUUACUUCCGGGUCACUGCGGAGCACAACCCGAAAGCGCUCAACCUGAAGCGUAUUCAAGCCGAAGUAUGACUGUAUGCUUAAAUAAAGCAUUAAACCAUACAAAUAAUAAAAAUAACCUCCUUUAUCUGGACUCUCCCCACCCAGAACCAUAUUUUGUCCGCGCUGUGGAGUGGAAGAGCCACGUCUAUUUCUUCUUCAGGGAGAUCGCAAUGGAGUUCAACUACUUAGAGAAGGUAAGAUGGAGAGAGGAGGUCUACAUGGGCAUUGUUGACCAGGCCUGGUGCCAGCCCCCAGGGACCCUUGGACCCAGAUUCCUCUGACCUUCCUUGAUGUCCCCACAUCGUAGGUGGUGGUGUCUCGGGUGGCCAGAGUUUGUAAGAACGACAUGGGCGGCUCUCAGCGUGUUCUGGAGAAGCAGUGGACCUCCUUCCUCAAGGCCCGCCUCAACUGUUCCGUCCCGGGAGACUCCCAUUUCUACUUCAAUGUCAUCCAGUCUGUCACGGACAUCCUGGAGAUCGAUGGCCGGCCAGUUGUGCUUGCCGUCUUUUCCACACCUGCCAACAGGUCAGUGGUGGUUGGGAAUGGCGGGGGCCCAGAUCUGAGUUGGGGUGGGGGGCUCUCCAGGACUCAGCCCUCAAAACAUCUAGAGUUCCUUCUGCCUUGAGUUUUUGCACUGCAUUUGUUUACACUGAUAUUAUUAUUAUUAUUAUUAUUAUUAUUAUUAACCACCCAUCAUCCGAAGAUCACAAGACAGUUUACAGUAUAAUAACACAACAUUAUUUAUUUAUACAUACAAAUAUACAUAGGGACGUGGGUGGCCCUGUGGGUUAAACCACAGAGCCUAGGACUUGCCGAUCAGAAGGUCGGUGGUUUGAAUCCCCGCGAUGGGGUGAGCUCCCAUUGCUCGGUCCCUGCUCCUGCCAACCUAGCAGUUCGAAAGCACCUCAAAGUGCAAGUAGAUAAAUAGGUACCGCUCCGGCGGAAAGGUAAACGGCGUUUCCGUGCGCUGCUCUGGUUCACCAGGAGCGGCUUAGUCAUGCUGGCCACAUGACCCGGAAGGUGUACGCCGGCUCCCUCGGCCAGUAAAGCGAGAUGAGCGCCACAAUCCCAGAGUCCGUCACGACUGGACCUAAUGAUCAGCGGUCCCUUUACCUUUUACAUACAUACAUACCCCACCCAUCUAGCUGGCUCCCAACAGAAUAUUGAAAACAUGAUUAAAACAUCAAACAUUAAAAACUUCCCUAAACAUAGUUGCCUUCAGAUGUCUUCUAAAAUUCAGAUAGUUGUUCAUUUCCUUGACAUCUUAUGGGAGGGCAUUCCACGGGGCGGGUGCCACCACCGAGAAGGCCUGGUUUCCUGUAACCUCGCAGGGAGGGAAUCUCCAGAAGGCCCUUGGAGCUGGACCUCUGUGUCUGGGCUGGAUGAUUGGGGUGGAGAUGCUCCUUCAGGUCUACUGGGCUGAGGCUGGUUAGGACUUUCAAGGUCAGCACCAACACUUUGAAUUGUGCUCAGAAACGUACUGGGUGCCAAUGUAGGCCUUUCAGGACUGGUGUUAUAUGGUCUCGGCAGCCGCUCCCAGUCACCAGUCUGGCUGCCGCAUUCUGGAUUAGUUGUAGUUUCCGGGUCACCUUUAAAGGUAGCCCCACGUAGAGCGCAUUGCAGUAGUCCAAGCGGGAGAUAACCAGAGUGUGCACUGUUCUGGAGAGACAGUCUAGGACACAACAACAAGAAGAAGAACCUGGAAAUCAGAGCUGAUUGUGAGAAAUAUGGAUUGGACCUUGCCAAGGGUUUGAGGCUACCCUCACCUGGUUUAGCCGGCCAGUCAAAGCCAUCGCUGCUGUUGAAAUCCAGUCUGUCGUUAAAACACUUCAUCAUUAAAAUGCAGUCGGUUCAAAGAGGUUGCUUUAGAACCCAUUUUAAGAAUAAACAACCCUCUGCCUUGAAAUGACGGCAAUAUAUUUCAAGGGCAAAAUGGCUGCAGAAAUCCGGAGAACUGUAUUUAAAACGGUGUGUGUGUGUGGAGGGAAUAAGAGAAGGAAAUGGCAGGUCACUUUUGCAGGUGGGCUUAUUGAGGCUGGGACGCGGGUGGCACUGUGGGUUAAACCACAGAGCCUAGGACUUGCCGAUCAGAAGGUCGGCAGUUCGAAUCCCCGCGACGGGGUGAGCUCCCGUUGCUCGGUCCCUGCUCCUGCCAACCUUGCAGUUCAAAAGCAUGUCAAAGUGGAAGUAGAUAAAUAGGGCGGGAAGGUAAACGACGUUUCUGUGCGCUGCUCUGGUUCGCCAGAAGUGGCUUAGUCAUACUGGCCACAUGACCCGGAAGCUGUACGCCGGCUCCCUCAGCCAAUAAAGCGAGAUGAGCGCCGCAACCCCAGAGUCGGCCACGACUGGACCUAAUGGUCAGGGGUCCCUUUACCUUUACCUUAUUGAGGCUGAAGGAGAGCAACGUGCCUACAAUUUGCCAUAUUGUGAAUUCACAGCAAAGCGCGCUCUUUCUUUUUUUCUCUCUUUCUCUCUCUUUUUCUCUUUUUCUCUUUCUCCAGCAUACCAGGCUCUGCUGUGUGUGCCUUUGACAUGGCCCAAAUCGCCUCCGUCUUCGAGGGGCGCUUCCGCGAGCAGAAAUCCCCCGAAUCCGUUUGGACCCCUGUGCCAGAGGAACUGGUGCCAAAACCACGGUGAGUGAAACUGACAGCUGCCACGUUCUUUCAAGCCACCAGCGAAAUAAUAAUAAUAAUUUAUUAUUUGUACCCCGCCCAUCUGGCUGGGUUUCCCCAGCCACUCUGGGAGGCUUCCACAAAGACCAAAAAUACACUAAGAUGUCAUACAUUAAAAACUUCCCUGAACAGGGCUGCCUUCAGAUGUCUUCUGAAUGUCAGGUAGUUGUUUAUCUCUUUGACAUCUGAUGGGAGGGCGUUCCACAGGGCAGGUGCCACUACAGAGAAGGCCCUCUGCCUGGUUCCCUGUAGCUUUGCUUCUCGCAGCGAAGGAACCGCCAGAAGGCCCUCGGCGCUGGACCUCAGUGUCCGGGCUGAAUGAUGGGGGUGGAGACGCUCCUUCAGGUCUACUGGGCCGAGGCCGUUUAGGGCUUGAAAAGUCAACACCAACACUUUGAAUUGUGCUCAGAAACAUACUGGGAGCCAAUGUAGGUCUUUCAAGACUGGUGUUAUAUGGUCUCGGUGGCCACUCCCAGUCACCAGUCUAGCUGCUGCAUUCUGAAUUAGUUGUAGUUUCCGGGUCACCUUCAAAUGUAGCCCCACGUAGAGCGCAUUGCAGUAGUCCAAGCGGGAGAUAACCAGAGCAUGCACCACUCUGGCGAGACAGUCUGCGGGCAGGUAGGGUCUCAGCCUGCGUACCAGAUGGAGCUGAUAGACAGCUGCCCUGGACACAGAAUUGACCUGCAACUCCAUGGACAGCUGUGAGUCCAGAAUGACUCCAAAGCUGCACACCUGGUCCUUCAGGGGCACAGGUACCCCAUUCAGGACCAGGGAGUCCUCCACAACAGUGAAAGCUGCAACAGAACCGUCGCAUUCAGAGGUGGCACCGGGGACAAACAGCACGUAAGGAGGUGUCGUUACAGAUCUUCACGUCCCGCCCCAGGGCUUCCGAGAGGCACUUGGUCAGUCACCGCAGAUACCAAGAUACUGGUCCUUUGGUCUCCCCUAGCAGGGCUGUUCCUUAUUUAUGUCCUCAAAAGGAGCUCCCCCCACAUGGGCUGCUUUGGGAAACCAGGCUCUGGACCAGACGAUCCCUUCAUCUGAUCUAGCAAGGCUUUUUCUUAUACAGCGGUACCUCGGUUUUUGAAUGUAAUCCGUUCCGGAAGACCGUUCGGAUUCUGAAACAUUCAAAAACCGAAAACUUAAUACAGAAGCCUCAGUACGGAAUGUAAUCCAUUCCAGAAGACCAUUCGGAUUCUGAAACGUUCGAAAACCAAAAACUUAAUACAGAAGCCUCAAUGCAGAACACUCAAUAGGAAAACUCAAUAUGGAAAACUCAAUAUGAAGCCAUGUGGCAUGUUCAACUUCCGAGGCAUGUUCGAAAACUGAAGCGUUUACUUCUGGGUUUACGGUGUUCGAAAACUGAAAUAAUAAUAAUAAUAAUUAUAAUAAUAAUAAUAAUAAUUUAUUGCUUAUACCCCGCCACUCUGGGUGGCUUCCAACGAAAUGUUCGUCAACAGAAGAAACAGUGGAUGUGUGUGUUUUUUGGUGAAGGCUAUAGCCAUGAACAUGCUAUGUGAUCUGAUGGUGAAUUUGGGGUGACCCAAUGUAAAAACCUGAGGAUCCAUGUGCUUUUACCUCCCCACUCCCAGGCAACCUCAGCUAGCGUCCCUUAUCUCUCUCCCGAUCCCACCGAUCAGCUGCUUCCUUUCAACACACCCUUCCCUCUUGUUUGCCUUUGUGUCUUUUCCUUAGCUGGAGCAGUUUUUUGCUCCUCCUUUUCUUCUAAUUUCUCUCCUUAUUGCUUUAGUCUUCCUGUUUCCCCCCUUUGCAAGUUUGCUGUCUUUACCUCCCCCCUCCCAGGCAGCCUCCUUUAUCUGUAGCGUCCCUUAUCUCUUUCCCCGAUUGGCAAACAAUCAGCGGCUUUGUUUCAACACCCACUUUCCUCUUUCAGAAAAAAAGCAUGAUCUGCUUUUUGCCCCUGGGCAAUUCGGCUCCAGGGACCACGCAUUCGCUCCAUAAGACGCACAGACAUUUCCCUUUACUUUUUAGGAAGAAAAAAGUACGUCUUAUGGAGCAAAAAAUACGGUAAUUUCCUCCUGGAGCCUGAUUGGUCUUCUUCUGCAAGCCAAUCACUUGUUGCAUUCUAGGAUCCUACCUGCCUAUUGUUCUAGGAUCCAAGCUUAGUACAUAACAGAUGGGUUUGGGUGUUACUUCUGUCGGGACAUCUAAAUAGCCCCCGUCCGGCUACGAACCUCUUUCCUUGCUCACGUAGCGCAGAAUCUUGACUUCUGGAUGUUUGCCUCGCAGGCCGGGUUGUUGCGCAGCUCCGGGGAUGCGCUACAAUUCCUCGAGCUUCUUCCCGGACGAGAUCCUCAAUUUUGUCAAGACGCAUCCGUUGAUGGACGAGUCGGUUCCGUCGCUGGGCAACGCACCCUGGAUCAUAAGGACCAUGACCCGGUAAGGGAGAGCUAAAAAAAUUUCAACGUGGGUAUGUUUAGCCUGGGACGCGGGUGGCACUGUGGGUUAAACCACAGAGCCUAGGACUUGCCAAUCAGAAGGUCGGCAGUUCGAAUCCCCGCGACGGGGUGAGCUCCCGUUGCUCGGUCCCUGCUCCUGCCAACUUAGCUGUUCGAAAGCACGUCAAAGUGCAAGUAGAUAAAUAGGUACCGCUCUGGCGGGAAGGUAAACAGCGUUUCCGUGCGCUGCUCUGGUUCGCCAGAAGCGGCUUAGUCCUGCUGGCCACAUGACCCGGAAGCUGUACACCGGCUCCCUCGGCCAGUAAAGCGAGAUGAGCGCCACAACCCCAGAGUCGGCCACGACUGGACCUAACGGUCAGGGGUCCCUUUACCUUUACUUAUGUUUAGCCUGGAGAAGAAUGAGGGGUUAAAGUCUGCUGACCAAUUUAAUCAAGAGACAGCCAGGGUAUUUUUUCAGCUGAUUUACCUAAUUUGGAUUAAUCAACUACCCAGAGCUGCUACCAUUCCGUUUCCAUGCAAUAUAUAUUGCAUACCUGUCUUGCGUGAAUACUUUGUGCAUUUUACGUGUGUGUGUGUGUGUGUGUGUGUGUGUGUGUGUGUGUCAGAGACGGGAAAACAAGCACUUUCCAUUAAUUUCCUAAGCACUGCCGCCAAGGCGAGCUGGUUCUAAUUAAAUCUGUCUUAAUUGAUGUUUUAUGUGAAAUUAAUCAAGCAUCGUUCCUGUUGUCUCUCAAGCCAGAAAUGCACACUGGGAGAUAUUGGGCUGGGGGGGUGGGGUCUGUGUGCAUCCUUCAGGCUGUGCUUAGCCAAAAAAAAUAAAAUUGGGGGGGGGGAGGGGAGCUCCGGACAGCGGCAGGAACGGAGGCAAAUACAUACAUAACCACCAGCAGCAAAGGACAUAAUUUACAUCCCCAUAGAGUAGAGAUUGUCCACCAGAACUCUACUCCUCCCUAUAGCCCUUUGCACCUCCUUCACCCCUCUCCUCGCCCGGUGCUGCUAGCGAGGCUAGCUUCACAUGCAAAACAGCCAGAAUUAAUUGGUGGGGAUAAUUGCAGAUUUAAUGAGAUGACAGAAAACUUUCCUCUAAUUGACUACCCGCUGCCACCCGCUUUGCAAAGGGUAGAGCAAGCUAGCCAAGGCGGGUCUUUGAGAAGGGGUGGGUGGGAUCUGGCUGAUUAAAUGUGUCAUUGCGUUUGGCAUCCACGAUCACAGCUGUUUUAGAAACAGGGGUGUGGCAGGCGGAGAAUUUGGAGGAGAGGAGAGGUUCGUCUAUCCUAGGAAAGUGGCUUGCAAAAUUCCCUGCGAUUGAUAGGUUCUACGGGAGGGAUUUUAAAUAUUGUAUAUAGAGGGAUGCGGGUGGCGCUGUGGUCUAAACCACUGAGCCUCUUGGGCUUGCCAAUCAGAAGGUCAAUGGUUCGAAUCCCCACGACAGAGUGAGCUCCUGUUGUUCUGUCCCAGCUCCUACCAACCUAGCCGUUCGAAAACACACCGGCGCAAGUAGAUAAAUAGGUACCACUGCGGCGGGAAGGGAAACGGCAUUUCCAUGCACUUUGGUUUCCAUCACGGUGUCUCGUUGUGCCAGAAGCAGUUUAGUCCUGCUGGCCACGUGACCCGGAAAGCUGUCUGUGGACAAAUGCCAGCUCCCUCAGCCUGAAAGCGAGAUGAGCGCCACAACCCCAUAGUCACCUUUGACUGGACUUAACCAUCCAGCGGUCCUUAACCUUUACCUUUAACUUAUUACCUUUUGUGUAUAGACACACACAAACAGACAAAUCUCAUUUUCUUUUUGGCAAUCCCUCAUAGCCAAGGAAUAUUGUCUUUCAUGAACAUGGUCUUGACGGUGUGUCCAUAAGUGACCUUGAAGGACAAUUCUGGAUUCACACAUCCUUCCACAGUGGGGACAUUAGUUUCCAGGUGGGAGUUGAUCCUGGUGAGGGUUUGCCUUCCUUUUAGCACGUUUUUCCCUUUCGUCCUGAGUAUGAGCAUCUUCAAAGCCCAUGACAACUUUGGUAAAGGCUGUUCUCCAACUGGAACACUCGCAGGCCAGCGUUUCUCAGUUGUCAGUGUUUAUAUUACAUUUUUAAAGCUUUGCCUUGAGAGAGUCUUUAAGCCUCUUUUGUUGACCACCAGCAUCAUGCUUUCCAUUUUUAAGUUUGGAAUAGACGAUCAUCAGGCAUCCGCACAACAUGACCAAUCCAACAAAGUUGAUGUUGAAGAAUCAUUGCUUCAACACUGGUGAUCUUUGCUUCUUCCAGUACACUGGUACAGUGGUACCUCUGGUUACGUACUUCAUUCGUUCCGGAGGUCCGUUCUUAACCUGAAACUAUUCUUAACCUGAAGCACCACUUUAGCUAAUGGGGCCUCCUGCUGCCGCUGCACAAUUUCUGUUCCCAUCCUGAAGCAAAGUUCUUAACCCGAGGUACUAUUUCUGGGUUAGCGGAGUCUGUAACCUGAAGCAUAUGUAACCCGAGGUACCACUGUAUUAGUUCACCUGUCUUCCCAAGUGAUGUGUAAAUUUUUUGGGAGUUGAUGUUGAGGAAUCAUUGCUGUGACAGUGGUGAGCUUUGCUUCUUUCUGCACACACACACACACACACACACACACACCAGCCCUGCACUGGUUUUGUGCGCGCAGACGAUAAACCCACAACCUCUGUUUCUCUGGGCAGGUAUCAGCUGCGCAAGAUUGUGGUGGACCCCACAGCAGGGCCCGGCAGGAACCACACCGUGGUAUUCCUGGCCUCCGACACAGGCACCGUCUUCAAGUUCCUCAUCCACACCAAUGUCAGCACCAAUUCUGCGACCGUAAGGGCCAGCAGCCAGAGUUUGCUGCUGGAGGAGUUCGAGACCUAUCCCAGCGACAAGUAAGUUUGGCCGUGGGCAAGAGUUCUUUAGGAUUUGGUGGCAAGAGCAACUCUUGCGGAGAGACGUCAGGUGCUGUCACUGAGCAGCAGGCUUGAAUACAGAAUGAAAAGCAAUGAAGCAGUCCUUUAGAUAAGUCCUCUGAGGCCCUUCUCUGUCUUCUCCCCAUCCCAGAGACAUUUGGAGGCUGGCAACAAGAGAACGGGACUUUUCGGUGGUGGCCCCCCUGAUUGUGGAAUGCUACAUGUCUGUGGGUUAAACCACAGAGCCUAGAACUUGCCGAUCAGAAGGUCGGCGGUUUGAAUCCCCACGACGGGGUGAGCUCCUGUUGCUCGGUCCCUGCUCCUGCCAACCUAGCAGUUCGAAAGCACGUCAAAGUGCAAGUAGAUAAAUAGGUACCACUCCAGCGGGAAGGUAAACGGCGUUUCCGUGCGCUGCUCUGGUUUGCCAGAAGCGGCUUAGUCAUGCUGGUCACAUGACCCGGAAGCUGUACGCCGGCUCCCUCGGCCAAUAAAGCGAGAUGAGCGCCGCAACCCCAGAGUCGGCCACGACUGGACCUAAUGGUCAGAGGUCCCUUUACCUUUACCUUUACAUGUCUUUAGGCACCAGGCAAAAAACAUUCCUCUUUACCCAAUCCUUAGGCCAUUAAAUAAUCUAUGCCCUGUGAAAUUGUGGAGGAUUGUUUUUAUGGUGACUAUUUUACUAUUAUGAGGCUAUCUGCCAGUAUGCUUCCUAUUAUGUUUUUAUUAUUGAUGUUCUGUAACAUGUUUUUAAUGUGGUACACUGACCUGGGUUCUUCUGAUAAAGGACGGUACAGCGGAUGCUUGCGUUGCGAACACGAUCUGUGCACAUGCGCGUUGCAAUUCGGUGCUUCUGCGCAUGCGCAAAGCACGAUUUAGUGCUUCUGCGCAUGUGCAACCACCCAAACCCGGAAGUAACCAAUUCCGGUACUUCCGGGUUUUGGCGGGUCUGUAACCCCAAAAAACGCAACCUGAAGCGUCUGUAACCCAAGGUAUGACUGUAUAUUAUUAUUAUUAGUAGUAGUAUUAGUAUUAUACAGUGCUAUUUUUCUAGAAAAAGAGGUGCCAGAACUCACUAUGAACACCUCCCUUGUUCUCUUAGAAUGGCAAUGGCACCUUUCUGAGAGGUUCUGGUUGAAAACCCCCCCGGAUAAUAACAAACAGAAUACGGUCGUACCUUGGAAACCGAACGGAAUCCGUUCCAGAAGUCCAUUCAACUUCCAAAACAUUCAGAAACCAAAGCACAGCUUCUGAUUGGCUGCAGGAAGCUCCUGCAGCCAAUCGUAAGUUCCGUUGGAAGUUCAGCUUCCAAAAAUGGUUCGCAAACCGGAACGGUCACUUUUGGUUUUUUGGCGUUCGGGAGCUAAAACGUCCAAAUACCAAGGCAUUUAGGAUCCAAGGUAUGACUGUAAUCAGAAUAACAUAGGAGAAGCAAGAGAAAAUUCUUCCAUGUUCAGUUAUGGGAGAGAGAUUCCAUUGUACUCUCCUUCUGACUCUUUUGCAGUUGCCAAGCCAGUAAUUUUCUGCAUUUAUUUGCCGGUUCAAAAGUCUUUUGUUUCAUCAAUUUAAUUUUCCAUUCAAUUUCUUGGUUUACUAUUUGUGAAUACGGAGAUUGUAACGCUUUAAUUUCCUUUUGAAUCUGUUGAUUUUUGGGGUUACAUCUCAGUUUUUUCUCUUUCUCCUUUAAUUGAGACAGAAUAUUUUCCUUUUGCUCAUUCUGUGUUUUCUUCCUGAUAAGAGUUCUGUUGAAUCAAAAAACCUUGCAUUACCGCUUUAUUUGCAUCCCAUACGACCCUUGCUUCAAUUCCAGGAUUUAGGUUCAACUCAAAAUAGUCCUUUAGGGUCUUUUGAGCUUUAUUUACAAUCAAAUCAUUUCUCAGCAAAGCGUCAUUCAUCCGCCAUCUAAAAGAACCCUGUAGAUGAUCCCUAUCUUUAACUCUGAACAAAAUGCUUGUUUAACCUGGAGGUAGGCUGUCUGGAUGCGGGUGGCGCUGUGAGUUAAACCUAGGACUUGCUGCUCAGAAGGUCGGUGGUUCGAAUCCCCGUGACGAUGGGGUGAGCUCCCGUUGCUCGGUCCCUGCUCCUGCCAACCUAGCAGUUCGAAAGCACGUCAAAGUGCAAGUAGAUCAAUAGGUACCACUCCGGCGGGAAGGUAAACGGCGUUUCCGUGCGCUGCUCUGGUUCGCCAGAAGCGGCUUAGUCCUGUUGGCCACAUGACCCGGAAGCUGUACGCCGGCUCCCUCGGCCAAUAAAGCGAGAUGCGCGCCACAACCCCAGAGUCGGUCACGACUGGACCUAAUGGUCAGGGGUCCCCUUUACCUUUACCUUAACCUAAACGGCCUCGGUCCAGUAUAUCUGAAGGAGCGUCUCCACCCCCAUCGUUCUACCUGGAAACUGAGGUCCAGCACCGAGGGCCUUCUGGCGGUUCCCUCACUGUGAGAAGCCAAGUUACAGGGAACCAGGCAGAGGGCCUUCUCGGUGGUGGCACCCUCCCUGUGGAACGCCCUCCCACCAGAUGUCAAAGAGAAAAACAACUACCAGACUUUUAGAAGACAUCUGAAGGCAGCCCUGUUUAGGGACGCUUUUAAUGUAUUACAGUAUUUUAAUAGUUUUUUGGAAGCCGCCCAGAGUGGCUGGGGAAACCCAGCCAGAUGGGGGCGGGGUAUAAAUAAAUUAUUAUUAUUAUUAUUUAGGCUGUCUGAAUUGUGCAUUGCUUUGUAACAAUUUGUUGGGUUUCUGGACCGUAAUAAAGAUUGAUUGAUUGAUUGAUUGAUUGAUUGAUUGAUUGAUUGAUUUUCCCCCUCCAGGUGCGGAAAAGACAAUGUGGGUGAACGGAAACUUCUGGGCAUGGAAUUGGACAAGGCCACGGGGUCCCUGCUCCUGGCUUUCCCGCCCUGCGUGGUUCGUGCCCCCGUGGCCCGGUGUCAGCAGCAUUCCGGUUGCAUAAAGUGAGUUUUCCAUUCCUGUUCCCAUGUGCUGGGGUUUUUAACGCAGCCUCCCCCCUGCCCUGAAAAUGGGUUGGGACAGAGGAGGAGAGUCGAUUCAUUUUGCAUCGAAAGACAGGCACCUUAACACCAGUAAAGUUGGUGAAAAUGUAUAGGAUGAGGGAUAAAAGAUGUUGGAAAUGCAAAGAGGCCGACAGGGAUUUUUAUCACAUGUGGUGGACUUGUGAUAAAGUUAAGAACUUUGGGGAGCUGAUCUAUAAUGAACUUAAGAAAAUACAGCGGUACCUCGGGUUACAUACGCUUCAGGUUACAUACGCUUCAGGUUACAGACUCCGCUAACCCAGAAACAGUGCUUCAGGUUAAGAACUUUGCUUCAGGAUGAGAACAGAAAUCGUGCUCCGGCGGCGCGGCAGCAGCGGGAGGCCCCAUUAGCUAAAGUAGUGCUUCAGGUUAAGAACAGUUUCAGGUUAAGAACGGACCUCCGGAACGAAUUAAGUACUUAACCCGAGGUACCACUGUAUUUAAAUAUUUGACAAAAAAACCAGAAGCCUUCUUACUGGGUUUGAUGGGGAAGGAGAUCAAGAAAUCGGACCAAAGACUAUUUAUGUACCCCACAGCAGCGGCAGGUAUACUGGGCCGUUUAGGGCUUUCAAGGUCAGCACCAACACUUUGAAUUGUGCCCGGAAACGUACUGGGAGCCAAUGUGGGUUAUAUGAUUCUGGGCUCCUAGCGCAACAAUGCAGGCUGCGUGUCCCAGAAAGCUCUCCGCGGCAGCUGUGUUUUGAGGACACAACGAGGCACACACGUCUUCGCCUGCGAGGUCUCGAGCUGAUCCCCACGGAAGGCGACGGGCUGCCCCGCCUCAACGUGAUAUUGGAGUCGUUUGUCACCCACCGUUGGGGCUGCCGCCAUCUCUCUGCGGCGCACGCAACAUUCCCUCCCCAUAAUUGCCAGGCACAGAAGCCCCAUUAUUCACAAAUUCCCCACUUAAUACCUGGCCCUGGAGCGGGGUGGGGGGUGGGAAAAUUUAAAACGCUAGAAGUGAAAUAAAAAGAGUAGGCUUGUCUCCGAACGAAAGGUCACGGGGCCUGGGGGUUUGGAGCUGGAGGAUGGAUUAUCCCAAAAGGGCAUGGGAAACCAGAGAGGGGGUCUUCUCCCCCCAUUCUCCUCUCCUCCGUGCUUGCAUAUAAUCUCACACUUGGGAGAGGCUGUGGGGAUAAUUGGUAGGAGGGCAUUUGCCUUUUUUGUCGGGGGGAGGAUGUCAUGCAUGUCCAGCUGAGAUGAAAACUUGCCAGGGCAGUUCUUGCUCCCAGCUUCCCACCAGACCCAAUAUUUCCUGGCUUGAGAGCAGUACAUGUGAAAAGGAUCUAGGAGUCUUGGUUGACCACAACCUUGACAUGAGCCAACAGUGUGACGCGGCAGCUAAAAAAGCCAAUGCAAUUCUGGGCUGCAUCAACAGGAGUAUAGCAUCUAGAUCAAGGGAAGUAAUAGUGCCACUGUAUUCUGCUCUGGUCAGACCUCACCUGGAGUACUGUGUCCAGUUCUGGGCACCACAGUUCAAGAAGGACACUGACAAACUGGAACGUGUCCAGAGGAGGGCAACCAAAAUGGUCAAAGGCCUGGAAACGAUGCCUUAUGAGGAACGGCUAAGGGAGCUGGGCAUGUUUAGCCUGGAGAAGAGGAGGUUAAGGGGUGAUAUGAUAGCCAUGUUCAAAUAUAUAAAAGGAUGUCAUAUAGAGGAGGGAGAUAGGUUGUUUUCUGCUGCUCCAGAGAAGCAGACACGGAGCAAUGGAUCCAAACUACAAGAAAGAAGAUUCCACCUAAACAUUAGGAAGAACUUCCUGACAGUAAGAGCUGUUCGACAGUGGAAUUUGCUGCCAAGGAGUGUGGUGGAGUCUCCUUCUUUGGAGGUCUUUAAGCAGAGGCUUGACAAGCAUAUGUCAGGAGUGCUCUGGUGGUGUUUCCUGCUUGGCAGGGGGUUGGACUCGAUGGCCCUUGUGGUCUAUUCUAACUCUAUGAUUCUAUGAUUCUAUGAUUCUUCUUCAUCUCCAGCUCCCCAAACAUGAAACCACUAGAGCAGCCUUUCUCAACCUUGAGUCCCUAGAUGUUUUGGCCUACAACUCCCAUCAUCCCUGACCACUGGUCCUGUGAGCUAGGGAUGAUGGGAGUUGUAGGCCAAAAACAUCUGGUGACCCAAGGUUGAGAAAGGCUGCUCUAGAGGAACCAUAGAAUUGUGGAGCUGGAAGAGACCCGAGAGUUGGUCACUCCCAACUUUACUCCCAACUGCCUAGAGGUGGUUGGAGGACGGAUGGCGGCUAACAGAUUGAGGUUCAAUCCUGACAAGACAGAAGUACUGUUCUUGGGGGACGGGGGGCAGGUGUGGAGGACUCCCUGGUCCUGAAUGGGGCAACUCUGCCCCUGAAGGACCAGGUGCACAGCCUGGGAAUCAUUUUGGACUCACAGCUGUCCAUGGAGGUGGAGGUCAAUUCUGUGUCCAGGGCAGCUGUCUACCAGCUCCAUCUGUAUGCAGGCUGAGACCCUCCCUGCCCGCAGACUGUCUCUCCAGAGUGGUCCAUGCUCUGGUUAUCUCCCACUUGGACUACUGCAAUGCGCUCUACGUGGGGCUACCUUUGAAGGUGACCCAGAAACUGCAACUAAUCCAGAAUGCAACUGGGAGUGGCCGCCAAGACCCUAUAACACUGGUCUUGAAAGACCUACAUUGGCUCCCAGGACAUUUCCGAGCACAAUUCAAAGUGUUGGUGCUGACCUUGAAAGCCCUAAAUGGCCUCAGCCCAGUAGACCUGAAGGAGCGUCUCCACUCCCUUCAUCCAUCCCGGACACUGAGGUCCAGCUCCGAGGGCCUUCUGGAGAUUUCCUCACUGUGAGAAGUGAGAUUACAAGGGAACCAGGGAGAGGGCCUUCUCGGUGGUGGCGCCUGCCCUUUGGAACAUCCUCUCACCAAAUGUGCUUUUAAUUCUGUUGGGAGCCACCCAGAGUGGCUGGGGAAACCCAGCCAGAUGGGUGGGGUAUAAAUAAUAAAUUGUUGUUAGUCCGUGAUUUUAGGAUUCCUGGUUUUUUAUGUCCUCGUGGUUCUCUAGAAAUAUCUCUGUGUUUUUACUGACCACCACUUCCCCAAAAACCCGUCUUCCUUUCUGCCCUUCAGAAACUGCCUGGGGAGCCGUGAUCCAUACUGUGGCUGGACACCAGAAGGCUCCUGUAUUUUCCUGGAACAGAGCACAAGGUAAUAUCUGGUAGCAAAUGCCCCUCUUUGAUGAUGAUGAUGAUGAUGAUGAUGAUGAUGGGGGGCGGAUGAUGAUGAGGAUUACGCUUCUCCUUCUACAGAAGCUUCUACACCUGCCCCACAGAGGCUAUAAAAGUAUGGGUGCAUGUCAAAAGGGAGCGUGUCUGUGGGUGGAGGGUUUGCUUUUGGGUGGGGUGCGUGUCCCCUGCUCUGGGGCAAGGCUCAGCCAGGGUGUAGGACUGCAUGGGGUUCAGGGGGGGCUGCCCCACAGCGCACAGGCUGUUCUCUGGACUCUGAGGUUGCUCCAGGAUUCUCCUACUCUGACCAGAGCAGAGGAGGCUUGGGUCGUCCAGGAUCUUGGUAAGAGGAGUCGUCAGAUUUACCGUGUUUUUUGCUCUAUAAGGCUCACUUUUUCCCUCCUAAAAUGUAAGGGAAUAUGUGUGUACGUUUUAUGGAGCGAAUGCAGGCUGCGCAGCUAUCCCAGAAGCCAGAACAGCAAGAGGGAUCGCUGCUUUCACUGCACAGCGAUCCCUCUUGCUGUUCUGGCUUCUGAGAUUCAGAAUAUUUUUUUCCUUGUUUCCCUCCUCCAAAAACUAGGUGCAUCUUGUGGUCUGGUGCGUCUUAUAGAGCGAAAAAUACGGUAAACAUGUUUAAGAAUGUUUAGGGGUACAGUCAUACCUCAUGUUACGUUUGCUUCAGCUUGUGCGUUUUCAGGUUGCGUACCGCGGCGACCCGGAAGUACCAGAAAGGGUUACUUCCGGGUUUCACCUCUCGCGCAUGCGCAGAUUCACAAAAUGAGGUCACGUGCAUGCACAGAAGUGGCAAAUCGCGACCCACAGACGCGCAGACGCGGGUUGCAUUCUGCUCAUGUUGCGAACAGGCCCCCGGAACGGAUCCCGUUCGCAACCAGAGGUACCACUGUACUCUCAUUUUAACUCAAGAAAAUCACCAUUCUAUAGCUCAAACUGAGGACAAUAAAUACAGUAAAUGGACAAAAGUACAAAGAUUCACAGGGACACGGGUGGCGCUGUGGGUUAAACCACAGAGCCUAGGACUUGCCGAUCAGAAGGUUGGCGGUUCGAAUCCCCGUGACGGGGUGAGCUCCCGUUGCUCGGUCCCUGCUCCUGCCAACCUAGCAGUUCGAAAGCAUGUCCAAAGCACGUCCAAGUGCAAGUAGAUAAAUAGGUACCGCUCUGGCGGGAAGGUAAACGGCGUUUCCGUGCGCUGCUCUGGUUCGCCAGAAGCGGCUUAGUCCUGCUGGCCACAUGACCCGGAAGUUGUACGCCUGCUCCCUCGGCCAAUAAAGCGAGAUGAGCUCCGCAACCCCAGAGUCGGCCACGACUGGACCUAAUGGUCAGGGGUCCAUUUACCUUUUACUUUUACAAAGAUUCACCAAAUGUUUGGGGGGGGUGUACCCCUGCGUACCCCCCAGAAAAAUCAAUGGUGAAAUGUAUAAAUUUGAAAAGUAUAAAUUAAAAUUUAAAAAACAACAUAACAACAGAAGUUGAACCCUUCAGAGGUCCUGCAUGGAACAGACUCACUUAAUAGAAGCCACCCUUUAUCUUUAUCUAACUCUGUGCUUCCCUCUCUUCACCCUUCGUCUGGCUACAGGGUCGCGUUCGAGCAGGACAUCAUCGGAGGCAAGACCUCUCACCUUGGCGACUGUGAAGGUGUGUGCCUGUCCACCAUUCCUGGCUCUGGGGUUGAGGACGGCUGGGCAAGUCCGCUGCUCGGAUCCUGCCACAAACUCACCACGGCCGCACAAACCCCCACACCACACACUGAAAAUGCUUGGCUUCCCCCCAAAACAAUGCUGGGAGCUGUUAGGGCCAGAUGAGGCCAUUAGGGGCCAUAUGUAUUAAGCAGAAUGUAUGGGCGGUAUGGGGAGGGCCAAUAUUGCUGGUGAGGGACACAUUGUGCUCCUUCUGGGGACGCAGGUGGAGCUGUGGUCUAAACCACUGAGCCUCUUGGGCUUGCUGGUCGGAAGGUCAGCGGUUCGAAUCCCCACGACAGAGUGAGCCUCCAUUGCUCUGUCCCAGCUCCUGCCAACCUAGCAGCUCGAAAGCACGCCAGUGCAAGUAGAUCAAUAGGCAUAGCUGUGGCGGGAAGGUAAAUGCCGUUUCCAUGUGCUCUAGUUUCUGUCACGGUGUCCCAUUGCACCAGAAUUGGUUUAGUCCUGCUGGCCACAUGACCCAGAAAGCUGUCAGUGGGCAAACGCCGGCUCCCUCGGCCCGAAAGCGAGAUCAGCGCCACGACCCCAGAGUCUCCCUUGACUGGACUUAACCGUCCAGGGCUCCUUUACCUUAACUUUUACCUAGUUUGUCCACCAAUGGUUCUCCCCUCCCCCCCACCGUCGCCACUGCCCCUGCACUCAGCAAUCACCUGUGGCUCUUAGUAGCUGUCAGCAUGUGACAGUAGCCACACCCUCACGUUCGAGAACUAAGCUGUUCAAAAACCAAGGUACGACUGUACACAGAUCUCCACGGGAAGGGCGGUUGCCCACUCUAACCCCUCCUUCCGACUUCCGCAGCAAGACAGGAAGUUCCUCCCUCUCACUGCCUCCCUUGUUCUCUGAUAUGUUCAGACCUCCAAGUCCGGGGAGAGAGGGGUCCCCCAUACUCUCGAAUGACGUCUCUCCAAGCUGUCACCUCCCUUCUGGUUCUCCUGUCAUUAUCUCAUAGCUGGAUAACUCCUCUCUAAUCUGUUUAGCUUCUGUGUCUGAGUCUGCCUCUCUGCUUCUGAAAACGCUGGAGGCGGGGGGGAAGCAAAUAUUCCCCUUCCUCUUCUGAGAUAAUCUGAUCCCCCAAUCUUCACAUCCAGACCAUUCCCUUUUUUAAAAAAAUAAUAUUUAUUAUUUUUCCAAAAACUUAAACACUAAAAAGAAGAUAAACAAUACAAUACAACACAUCAAAUUAACAAAACAAGACAAAGACAAUAAGAUAAAUAAAACAAUUUCAUUAUCCCAUCUUUCAUUCACUUAUUUCCACGACCUCCUCACACCUCCCUUUUUGUAUUCCACUUCUGUUAAUUAUUUCAGCAAUUCCUUUUCAUCUUCCUCUGUUUUCUAUCCUAUAAUUAUCUUAACUCAUUCUAACCUUAUUUUUUCCUUUAAUGCUCUAUUAACCUAUCUGUACUUAAUUCCUUAUAACAUUUCUACUAAAGCCAUAUAACUUCAUUCCAACAUUUUUCUAGCAUUCAUUAAUUUUACAAUAUUUCUGUAGAUAGUCUUUAAACUUUUUCCAAUCUUCUUCCACCGACUCUUCUCCCUGGUCUCGGAUUCUGCCAGUCAUUUCCGCCAGUUCCAUGUAGUCCAUCAGCUUCAUCUGCCAUUCUUCCCGGGUGGGCAAAUCUUGUGUCUUCCAAUACUUUGCGAUGAGUAUCCUUGCUGCUGUUGUUGCAUACAUAAAAAAAGUUCUAUCCUUCUUUAACACCAAUUGGCCGACCAUGCCCAGGAGAAAGGCCUCUGGUUUCUUCAGGAAGGUAUAUUUAAAUACCUUUUUCAUUUCAUUAUAAAUCAUCUCCCAGAAUGUACAUGACACCAGUCAAGCUCGCAAAAAUCUAUCAUUUGCCCGAUAAUAAAUGUUGGAAAUGUAAAGAAAAUGAAGGUACAUUCUUUCACCUUUGGUGGACGUGCCCAAGGAUUAAGGCUUUCUGGGAGAUGAUCUAUAAUGAAUUAGACACAAGAGCUACCCACCUUGGAAGAAUGGCAGAUGAAGGUGAUGGACUAUAUGGAACUGGCGGAAAUGACUGGCAGAAUCCGAGACCAGGGAGAAGAGUUGAUGGAAGAAGACUGGGAAAAGUUUAAAGACUAUUUACAGAAAUAUUGUAAAAUUAAUGAAUGCUAGAAUGAUGUUGGAUAGAAAUUAAGUGGUCUUUAGCUGAAAUGUCACAAGGGAAUAUGAAAAAAUGGAUUAUUAAUAGGUAAAAAUUUAAAAUUACAAUACUUUAUGAUUAAUGACUAGGAUAUACAAAGAGGGUGGGAUUUGCUGAACUAACAAAUUGAACUGGAAUACAAAAAAGGAAGGCGUGAGGAGGUCCGGGAAAUAAGCAAAUGAAGGAUAAGUAAAGGAAAGAAUGAAUUGUUUUUAAUCAUUUUUAUUUUGCAUUUUCCUUUUUUCUUUUUUUAUCUUGUAAUACUCUGAAAAUCUUAAUAAAUAUCUUAUAAUAAUAAUAAUAAUAAACAGAAUGUCUUAAUCCUUGGGCAUGUCCAGAGAUCCAGACCAUUCCCUGACACCGCCCCCUUAUUACGUCAUUCCAACCCUGCAACUCUAUGAGAACAGAUCCGGCACAUCCACACUCACGGUCAACCCACCAGCUAACACUGUCCCUCCCUCCCGCAGGCUUGUUGACGGAGAGCUUUGUGGACGAGCCGGACGGCUUGGUCUCAGUGAACCUGCUGGUGAUCUCCUCCGUGGCGGCCUUCGUCAUCGGCGCCGUGAUCUCUGGCUUCAGUGUGUGCUGGUUCAUCGGGCACCGCGACCGCAAGGAGCUGGCCCGGCGCAAGGACAAGGAGAACAUCCUGUCUCACAGCGAGUCGGUGGUGAGCGUCAGCCGGCUGGGUGAGCGCCGCUCCCGGGGCGGCCCCGGCGGGCAGCCCGAGAACCUGCUGGCCCCGCUGAUGCAAAAUGGGUGGCCCAAGGGGCUGGUGAAGGUCAGCCAGCACGACCUGGAUUCCGGGGUGCUGCCCACCCCGGAGCAGACCCCCCUGCAGCAGAAGCGGUGCCCCAAGCCCUGCACCUGGGAGUACAGCCACAAUCUCAUCAACGCCUCCUUGCGCAGCGGAGACCCGCCCUCCUCGGUCAUCCUCCUCCACGCCGGCCACACCGCCGUGCCCUCGCACCACCUCGGCUCGGGUCGUGUGAUUCCCAUCUCCUGCCACUCCAUGCUGAUGGACCAAGAGCUGGAGAACGAGGCCGGCGACCUCUCACUGGACAUGCGGUACUUGCCGGUCAGCGCCGGAGAGGGGGCGCGGGUGGCCCAGCAGCAACAGCAACAACAACACCAGCACCAAGCGCCGCCCACACACCGGCCGAGCGGGACUCGGAGCUCCUACGGCGGAGAGUUGCCCAUCACGCCGCACGGCAGCCCCGAGCGGCGGCGGGUGGUGUCGGCCCCCGGCGGGGAGACGGGGGACCCCGCCCCGUGGAACCCCGAGAAGCUGAACUCGAAUAGUAACAAUGCGGCCAGCAGGGCAAGCGCGCAACUGAAGCGCACCCACACUUUCAACAGCGGGGAAGGGCAGGCGGCCUACGCCCGGGCGGCGCGGGGACCCACGUUGGGAGCCCAGCACACCCUGACGGACUUCAGCCACCUCCUGAAAUACAGCGGCGUGGAGCGGACUGCCUCCUCCGUCAAAUAGGGGGACCGGCCCAGGGGGCGUGGCUUGGCUCGGCGGCCUCCCUCCUUCGAAAAGGGGCGGGGUUUCACAGCACGGAGGAAGAGCGGAUCAGGAAAAGGACAACGCGAGACCCUGGGUCCCACCUGAGGAGGGGUGGAGGGGGGAGGAGAAGGACCUGUGCCCCCCCAACCUCCCAGGCGUACGGAUUAUUGGGGGGGCACGCGGGAGAUGCUGCUUGAGGCAAAAAAAACAAAAACAAGCAGGGAGGGUGACCUCUUCUGUGUGUGCGUGCGUGUGCGUGAUUUGGGGUUUAUUUCAUCCGGGUGCUUCCUCAUUGGACUCUUCCUCCCGCGACGCUCCGCCUCCUUUCCGAGAGGCGGGGCAUGGGGCGGCCUCGGGUGCGGCUCCGCCCCUUCCUCGCAAAGGUGCCGCGGAAAUAAGGGGGGGCAGGAUUUUGAACGAUGGAAAUAAAUAAUAACCAACGGCGGU